UGGGGGUGGCUCGGGAAGUUGCCGAAGUUGGGCAGAGAGUGGAGGGACGGAGCCAGCGAGCGCCUGCUUGCCUGCUCGGGCCGGGCCUUCCUGGGUGCUGCUCUUCCCCCUCCCGCCCUCUCUUCCCUGUCCGGCCGGUGCAUGAUGGAAGCAGCAUGGCCGCUCAUCUUUCCUUAACGCAGGUAGGGACUGCUCGCUUUUCGCUCGGUGGCGGGGGAGUAGGGUGGUUAGCUAGGGCGGGGGAGGCAGCCGGGGGAAGCCUCGCCUCCACGCUCCCGCCGCCUCCCCUUAGAAGAGUUUCCUUUGUGACCCGGCCGCCUCCCGCUUCCAUUCCUCCUCGUAGCCCUUUCCCUGUCCGCGUCUCCCCUCGGGGCGCUUCCGCCUGCGCCCCCCUUCGCAACACCCACCCUCCAUCUCUGGGACGCCCCUUGGAACCCAGCGGGGCUUACUUCUGAGGAGGCACCUUGUUUAUGAACAGCCUCCCCUGUUUCCGUGCUCCCUAAGCUCUCUAGUCUUCCUCCCUAGUCUCCUCCUCCCCCCAAGUUCUGCUGUUUGCCCCAAAGCUGCCGCCCUUCACUUCGCCGGUGGUUCCCACGGGGGACUCCGCGCCUUGUUUCGCAUAAGCGGACGACGUGGGCUGCGCCUUACGCAAAGCUCGUAGCGCAGAGAACGUGUUUAGCGGGCGCCCGGAAUUCCGCGGCUCUUGUCAGUCUCCAGCCGGUGUGGCGAAGAGUGACGGGCUUAGGAGCUGGGCUGACAAGGGGUCAAAGCUCCACUCACCCGGGAAACUUUGUGUUUAUUCGCUGCCCCUUCGCCUAAUCUUCCUCACGGGGUUGUUGUGAGGAUAACAUGGGGAGGGAAAGGGCCACGGACACCACCUUGAACUCCCUAGAGGAAAGGUGGGCUAGAAAUGUAGUAAUAAUAAUCUUGGUGGGGUGGGUGUGUUAUGGCUCCCUGAGUCUUUUCUUUUUCUUUUUAACCCUCUGUAGGGUUUCCUCAUGUUUCACCUACUGUGCUGUUCUUUGUUGUAUUCCCCACUCCAUGCAUUCAGACAGACAGACUCUUCUUCUGUAGGACUGCUUUCCAACCUAAUACCUGCUAUUUAUUCUCCAGAGGUGCUCCCACCCAUGACAUGGGGUGAAGCGGCUACCUCAGGUGGCAGAAGUGCAAGAGGCGGCACUCCGCCUGCCCCACCGCUUCUGCCAUCCAGAGGGAGGUGUUCCAGUGCUCAACAUUGCCACUUGUCUUCCCCCACCCGGGUGGAGACGCAGCAAGAGAGGCAAUACUUUGAGGAGCGCCCUGGCUCCUGCCAAGUUCAGUCAGAGUCAGGGCAUUCCUGCACACUAGUUGUGAUCAGCAGUGUUAGAAACUGAGAUAUGAAAGCUAGGAGCUAAAUGGCACCUUAAACCUAGGUUACUGCAGCUAAAAUAUUGUGUUCAUUUUUCACAUGGUCUAGUCCUUUCCCUGCCCACCCCUCUAAUAUUCUUAGGAGGGUCUCUUCUCCUGUCUUCAGAGAGCAGCUGGAAGUAGGGAGGCAGAAAAAGGUCCUCCUUUCCUUCCACUUGGCAGUUUUAAUCUGAAAUCUUAGGUGCAGCCCAGAGCUCAGAAACUGCUCACACUAAUGAAAUUCCCUGUCGCAAAAUGUGUCUAGAACAAUGGGACUCCCAAGGAGAAAGCCGUGGCAACACUUUGAGGAGAACCUUGGCUCCCAAGUUCAGUGAGAGCCAGGGCACAGUGUUGACAAAAGGGGGGGGGAGGCAGCAAUUCCCCUUUCACUGGGCUGCCCUUGUUCUUCUCUCUUUUUCCAUUUUGGCUUCUGUGAUACGCUUUUUGCAAACACCUUUUCCUUUUUUAAUUUUAUUUUUUUUUAAUUGAAAAAAUUUCAGUUAAACAAAAUAAAGUGAAAAACCAAUAGAAACAAAAGGUGCAUUAGAAAAUACAAAAAUGAGGACCCCCCCUCCAAUUCUAUACAUACUUAUCUAAUACAAUGGUAAACAUGUUAUUUUUCCUGUGUCCCAGAACAGACUAGGGUUGCAGUCCUAACCCCACUUACCUGGGAGUAGGCCCCAGUGAUUUUAGUGGGAGUUGCUGAUGUGUUGGCAUGGUUAGGUUUGCACUGUAGGUGCUGCAAAAAGUUUUUCCAGCACAAUGGCAAGAACCCACUUCAACAUGGGUUAAAAUAGAGUGCUACAAAUAAGUCUAAUGUACUCUUAAUUCAAAGAUUAUAUAUGUAGAAAUAGCCCUCUGUAAUAAUAAAUUUCAGUUCAGUUAAUAUAAAAUUUAUUUUGGGAUGGUCUUGGUUACCUCACUUCAUGCUAAUUGGUCUUAUAUGUGUAAACAGGAAGUACAAUCAUCAUGAGUGUAGGUGUUGUGUAUUCAUGUUCUUGUUCAUACCCCCUGUACCUGGUGCAGUUCUUGGAAGUAGAACUCUAUGAGUGGUAAACUAUAGUGCCCAGAAUUCUCUGAGGGAGAGAAUGUGCUUUGAAUUUGCGUUAAAACUAUAGUGUAUACACAGCUGCAGUCUUUGGUAUGCUGAAAGAGGAAUUAAGAGUUGCUGUAGCUGCACUAUUUGUGGUCGGAGAACUAAUAGUUGCUUAACUUCAACUAUGCAGUUAGCAUAGCAGUAUGUUUGCAAAUGAAUAUAACAAUGAAGUCUUUGUUUAUUUGAAAUAUUGAUGUACUGCUGCUCAAUAAAAUAACACCAAGGUGGUAUAUAAUACAGCAAUUCAGAAAUGAAAGCUUGAGGCUAUAGUCCUAUCUGAACUGAGCCCAGAACACAACUCUGUACAUGUCUCAUUUGCAGGCCUCUCUUGUACAUACUUACUUUGAAGUUGGUCCCACCUGGUUGGUAAGCAUGUGUAGUUCAGGUGUCAUGGCCAACUCGGCCCAGUAUACCUGAAGGAGCGUCUCCACCCCCAUCGUUCUGCCUGGACGCUGAGGUCCAGCGCCGAGGGCCUUCCGGCGGUUCCCUCAUUGCGAGAAGCAAAGCUACAGGGAACCAGGCAGAGGGCCUUCUCGGUAGUGGCGCCCGCCCUGUGGAACGCCCUCCCAUCAGAUGUCAAAGCGAUAAAUAACUACCUGACAUUUAGAAGGCAUCUUAAGGCAGCCCUGUUCAGGAAGCUUUUAAUCUGUGAUAUUUUACUGUAUUUUUUGUUUCUAUGGAAGCCGCCCAGAGUGGCUGGGGAAACCCAGCCAGAUGGGCGGGGUACAAAUAAUAAAUUAUUAUUAUUAUUAUUAUUAUUAUUGAGAUCUGCAAAUCACACACUUGAAGCCAUAGUUUCCAGUUCUGGUUUGGAUGUGAAUUUAUCUGGAUCUGUUUCAUUCUGGGUUCAGGUGCAGUUUGGGAAAUGAUCAGUUGAGAGUGGGACAGGGAGAAUGUGACUGCUUCUCAGUUUCUUGGUGACUUUUGACAUCAUUAACCAUGGUAUCCUCCUGGACUGGCACUGUGGGAUGAAUAUUAUGGGCACUGUUUUAUAGUGGUUUUGCUCCUACCUGCAAGGUCUUUUCCAGAAAGUAUAAAUGGAAGAUAGUGUUUUGGCCCCAUAAUGUUUGUGCUAUGGUGUACUACAGGGUCCCAAUCUUGUCCCCAGUGCUGUUUAACAUCUAAUGACCACACCCAGUGCCUUCAUAUAGGAGUUUGGAAGCAAAGUGUCAUCAGUAUGCUGAUGACAUGCUGCUGUAAUUUCUUUAUAACAUCAGUAUGGGGAGACACUGUGAAUGAACUGGACCAUUGUCUGAGUGCAACAGUGGACUGAAUGAGGGCCAGUAAGAUGAACUUGAACCCUGAGAAGAUUGAGGCACUGUUGGCUUGUGUUCCCUUGUAUUUCCUGGAUGGAGUUGCACUUCCUCUGAAAGAACAGAUUUGGAGUUUGGGGUUGCUCAUAGAUCUGUGUUUGUCGCUAGACACUUAGGUGGCCUCAUUGGCUCGGAGUGCCUUUUAGCAGCUAUGCUUAGUUCACAAACUAUGCUCAUUCUUGGACAGGGAUAGUUGGGCCACAGUGAUUCCUUGAAAUGCACUUUAUGUGAGGCUACCCUUUUGCUUGGUCUGGAAACUCCAGCUGGGGCAAAACUGCUGCUAGAUGGUUGAUGGGGACAGACUAUCUCUAGCACAUAACUCCAGUGUUCAAACACUUGCGCUGCUACCGAUGCACUACUGGGCCAGGUUCAAGGUUCUUGUAUUAAUGUACAAGCCUUAACAACUUGGGCCCAGGAAACCUCAAGGACUGCCUGAUCCCUGAGGUUUGCGGCGGAGUCACUGUUAGUGUUCCAUCAUGGUUUGUAUCUACCAGGAACUGUGCAUUCAGUAUUGUGGGAUCAAUUUAAUGGAACAUCCCAGUUGAGAUCAGGCAGGCCUCCUCCUUCUUGAAUUUGCAGUGCUUACUGAACACAUUAUUAUUAUUCCAGCUAGCCUUGGACAUCUUGACUAACUCUGGUUGCUGCAAAAGAUGGGAGAAGAGGGAGCAUCUGAGCCUUAAGCAUAUUUUAAAGAUUCAAACUGGGGUGAUCAAGCCACCUGUAUUCAAAGCGUACAGUUCCAUCAAAAUAACUUGAUAGUUUUGUCAGAGAAGAACCUGUAAGUGGCUAAAAUUCUGAAUGUAGAUGUUGAAAUCCCAGUUUAGGAUUUUUGCUCAGUUUUGAUGUUCCCUAAAGAGAAGACAGACAUAAGAGUGUGGUGCAAAAGAGUGUGGUCCUGAAAACAAGUCCCUUUGAAUGUACUGAAAGUGCAAUUGCAUCACUUACACAACAUUUAGAUAUAUAAUAUGGGUCCAUUGCGUUCUAGUGUAUUUCUUCCCCAGUGAGAGAAUCUUUGUUCUUUCACUACACUCAGUUCGGCAUAAUUCUUCCUCAGGUUGGGGUGGCAAGGCAAGGAGAGUUAAGUUCUGCAAAAGCAAUGUCUUUGAUCAACUAACUGGGUGAAUUGUAUAUAGUAUUUAUUUAUGUAUUUAAUUUUCAUGCUGCCCUUCAUUCAAGGAUCACAGGGUAGUUGACAAUAUAAAAACACAACAACACAUAACAUAAUAACAAACAAAAGAAUAGUAAUGAUAUGGCACUAUUUAUUCAACUUCCAGUGCUAAGUUCAGGCUGCCUUUCCAUUCGUUUUGGUAUUCUAAGCUGACUGGGUUUUAAUUAUCUGCUAUUCCACUUCUGGUUUUUGGCUUUGUUUUAAUUGUUUUGUAUUUUGAAUGUUAACCACCUUGAGCACUCCUUGUUAAGCAGAAAGCUGGGAUGUAAACAUAUGCAGAAGCAUGUGUGGUGUUGCAAUCCUAUUUUCAUUAAUUGCCUAUAUCAUCUGAACAGAGAAUUUCCAUUUAAAAUAAAAUUUCAGCCUGUUUGUUUGAAAGGCAUAGCCUGGAAAUCUGACCUUGUGGCACUUAAUUAGGCAUGUUUUCCUAUAUUCUUUCAUGGUAAGGGAUUUUGGUGUGUAUUACUAAAAAGUAGACCCACUUAAUCAUUGAUCGACAUGCUAGUUUCUGAGUCUGUAGAAUAUAUUGUCACAAUGUUGUCGACCUUUACAGUGGUGCCUCGCAAGACGAAAUUAAUUCGUUCCGCGAGUUUUUUCGUCUAGCGAAUUUUUCGUCUUGCGAAGCACGAAAUCCCAUAGGAAUGCAUUGAAAUUCAAUUAAUGCGUUCCUAUGGUCAAAAAAAGUCCAAUCAAAGCCAAAUUUGGUACAACAAGAGUUUAUUAACUGCUCUUUAAAGUCACACAUACUUUAAAGAGCAUAUCAAAAUUGAAGGAACAAUAAAUUAAGUUUCUAAACAUGACAGGAAAAACAUUUAAAAAUCAAAAAGGGUACAUUACAUUUUCUAAGACUCUGGGGACCACUCGAAGAAGGUUCCUCUUCCACUCUUGCUUCUUGCUGAGGAACCUGUCCAUGGUCUGCUGCUUCAUCCGCCUUUUCAGCAGCUCCCUGAGAGGCGACAUGACCGUCGUAUCAAAAAUGUUCGCUUGGUCAUGUGCCACGUGCUUGUCAGGGUGGUGCCGCUCUGCAAAAGCCUGCACCUCAUUCCACUUCUGGCAAAUGUCCCUCAGUUCUUUGGAGGACAGCCGUUCCUCAGUUGCUUCCUCCUCUUCCAGCGAGGCCUGCUCCUGCGCAACCUCUGACUGCAGUUCAACCAGCUCCUGGGUGGUCAGCUCGUGGUCGUGCUCCUCCACCAGCUCGCAAACGUCCUCCUCUGUGACCUCCAGGCCCAUGGUCCUCCCCAAGGCAACAAUGUCCUGCACCACUGUCGACUCUGGUGCAUCAGAGUCACUUGGUGCCACACAGUCCGGCCACAGGCUGCGCCAAGCCCAAUUCAAAUUCCUCUGGCUGAUCCCCUUCCAGGCCGUGGUGAUCAUCUUCAAGCAGGUGACGAUGUCGAAGUGGUCCUUCCAGAAUUCCCGCAGGGUGAUGGUGGUGCAAUCAGUCACCUCGAAGCAUCGCCUGAAAAGCUCCUUGGUGUAGAGUUUCUUGAAAUUGGCGAUGACCUGCUGAUCCAUCGGCUGGAGCAGUGGCGUGGUGUUAGGCGGCAGGAACAUGAUGUUGAUGAAGCUGAACUCCUCCAACAAGUCCACCUCAAGGCCUUUAGGAUGAGCAGGAGCAUUGUCCAUCAGAAGCAAAGCCUUCAGCGGCAGGUCGUUGUCCAGCAGGUACUGUUUGACAGCAGGGCCAAAGGCAAGAUUGACCCAGUCCACAAACAGCACACGUGUGACCCAAGCCUUGCUGUUGGAUCGCCACAUGACACUCAGCCGCUCCUUGUCGACCUUGUGUUUCUUGAAGGCCCGUGGGUUCUCCGAGUGGUACACCAGCAGGGGCUUGAUCUUCAGGUCGCCGCUUGCGUUGGCACAGAAGAGCAGGGUCAGACGGUCCUUCAUGGGCUUGUGGCCAGGCAACUUGGCCUCCUCCUGUGUGAUGAAAGUCCUUUUGGGCAUCCUCUUCCAAAACAGCCCGGUCUCGUCGCAGUUGAAGACCUGCUGUGGAACGUAGCCCUCCGUCUUCACAACCUCCAGGAACUCCAAGGCAAAGUCUUCAGCCGCAGGAACAUCAGAACUGGCAGCCUCUCCAUGCCUGACCACGCUGUGGAUUCCGGAUCUUGCCUUGAACCGGUCAAACCAGCCUCUGCUUGCCUUGAAGACUUCUGGCUCGGCCGAGGUUCCUGGCUGUUCCCGGAUGAGGUCUGCGUGCAAGGCCUUGGCCUUCUCACAAAUCACGGCCUCAGUCACUGUGUCCCCUGCACGCUGCUUCUCUUCUAUCCAGAUGAGGAGCAACUUCUCGACCUCCUCCAGAACAGCUGGGCGGUUCUUCACGAUCCUGGUGACUCCCUUGGCUGCAUCAGUCGCAAGGAUCUUCUCCCUCAUCUUCAGGAUGGUGCCGAUGGUCGAUGGGUUCCUGCCGUACUCCCUGGCGAGGUCCGUCACACGCAUUCCACCGUCGUGCUUCCGGAUGAUCUCCUUCUUCAUCUCCAGCGUCACCUUCUCCUUCUUCCUCUCGCCGGCCUCCGCAGCAGCAGCAGUCUUCUUGGGUCCCAUGGCAGCACAGCUGUUACCUUUGUAAAACUCAGAAAAAGAAAAAAAAAACCAGCAAUUCAAACCCACAACCAAGUCCUUGAAUUCCAAACACCCAACCCAAAAUCCAAAACCCAAAAAACAGUUUUAAAAGUUUAACUUACGAAAUGGCUGCAAAUCACCAAAGUCUUCAAAAUCCUCAAAUGGCUGCAAAAGAAGUUUUGGGAAAGCUUUAAAAAUCACCAAAGUCUUCAAAAACCUCAACUGUUCCCCCAGCCCCUCCCCAACUGUUGCAAACCCCUCCUCAACUGUUCCCCCAGCCACCCAGCACACAGAAAUUCAAAACCCAGAAAAUUUUUCAAAAAAACCCAACAUGGCCCAAUGGUUACAGAAAACCAUAAAAAUUCAAAAAAAAAACCACACAAGCUCCCAGAUUCCUGCAAACCCCUCCUCAAUUGUUCCCCCAGCCACCCAGCACACAGAAAUUCAAAACCCAGAAAUUUUUUUCAAAAAAAACCAACAUGGCCCAAUGGUCACAAAAAAUCAUAAAAAUUCAAAAAAAAACCACACAAGCUCCCAGAUUCUUGCAAACACCUCCCCAGCUGUUCCCCCAUCCACCCAGCACACAGAAAUUUAAAACCCAGAAAUUUUUUUCAAAAAAAAAAAACAUGGCCCAAUGGUCACAAAAAAAUCAUAAAAAUUCAAAAAAAAAGCACACAAGCUCCCAGAUUCUUGCAAACACCUCCCCAGCUGUUCCCCCAUCCACCCAGCACACAGAAAUUUAAAACCCAGAAAUUUUUUUCAAAAUAAAACAACAUGGCCCAAUGGUCACAAAAAUCAUAAAAAUUAAAAAAAAAAGCACACAAGCUCCCAGAUUCUUGCAAACACCUCCCCAGCUGUUCCCCCAUCCACCCAGCACACAGAAAUUUAAAACCCAGAAAUUUUUUUCAAAAAAAAAACAACAUGGCCCAAUGGUCACAAAAAAUCAUAAAAAUUCAAAAACAAGCACACAAGCUCCCAGAUUCUUGCAAACACCUCCCCAGCUGUUCCCCCACCCACCCAGCACACAGAAAUUUAAAACCCAGAAAUAUUUUGCCAAAAAAAACAACAUGGCCCAAUGGUCACAAAAAUCAUAAAAAUUCAAAAAAGCACACAAGCUCCCAGAAUCUUGCAAACACCUCCCCAGCUGUUCCCCCAUCCACCCAGCACACAGAAAUUUAAAACCCACAAAUUAUUUCCAAAAAACCAACAUGGCCCAAUGGUCACAAAAAUCAUAAAAUUCAAAAAAAGCACACAAGCUCCCAGAUACUUGAAAACACCUCCCCAGCUGUUACCCCACCAACCCAGAAAAAAGAAAUUUAAAACCCCGAAAAUUUUUUCAAAAAAAAAAACAUGGCCCAAUGGUCACAAAAAAUCAUAAAAAUUCAAAAAAAAGCACACAAGCUCCCAGAUUCUUGCAAACACCUCCCCAGCUGUUCCCCCAUCCACCCAGCACACAGAAAUUCAAAAAUUCAAAGCCAGAUUAAAAAAAUAAAUAAAUAAACAUGGCCCAAUGGUCACAGAAAAUCAUAAAAAUGCAGAAAAAAACCACACAAGCUCCCAGAUUCUUGCAAACCUCUCCCCAACACCAAGUCCUUGAAUUCUAAACACCCCAACCCAAAAUCCCCCAAACCCCCAAAAAGUUUUAAAAGUUCAACUUACCAAACAGCUGUAGAAGAAGUUUUGGAAAAGCUUCAAAAAUCCAGCAAACUCUUUAAAAAGCUCAGAAAGGCCACCACACCGCGUGCAAUGUGUUGCUCCUCGAGGUCAAGUCGCAACUGCACCUCUUCCAGCAAUGCACCCUGGGUUUUAACGGUUUUACGAAAAAGGAAACAAACUUGCAAGACGUUUUUGUCUUGCGAAGCAAGCCCAUAGGGACAUUCGUCUUGCGAAGCAACUCGAAAACGAAAAAACCUUUCGUCUUGCGAGUUUUUCGUCUUGCGAGGCGUUCGUCUUGCGGGGCACCACUGUACUUUGAUAGAAAGUUAGAAAUUUUUUAUUCCUUAAGGAUUAGAACAUCUAUUUUUAUGAAUUGGCCAAUGAAACUUGGCUUAGUUGUUGUCCUAAUGGGGCUUGGCCUUGUUGGUAGUUAAAAGUUUUGAACUUUUCCUUUUGUAUUCAAAGGUAUAAUAUGCAAUUUUUAUUCUCAGUAUAGAUUUAUGCUUCAUGGAACUUUUGUGCACACAGAGCUUUCCCACCAAUUUUCUUUUUUUACUGUGGAUGUAAGAUUGUAUGCAAGUGUAUAAACACACUGACAUAAAUUUGGAAAGCUGUUUGUCUGGAGUUUUGCUCUUCAUAAGUAAUGUGUAUACACUGGAGCUGCUGUACUAGGGCAGUUGUACCAUGGGACUUGGUUUUCCUGGCUGUUAACAAUACAUCUGCAGUAAAAAUGUGAAUGCAGGCAUUUCAAUAAUACUGUUCAGAUGCUUUCUUACAUUUUUUUAAAAAAAAAUUUAUCUUGCCUUUCUACACCCACGUGUUUGUUUUUCAAUGAAAUAUAUUGACUCUUGUCAUUUUAACCGUGUCUCUGUGUGUGCAGGUCACAUCUGCUUACUACUAAAAUGAGCUAAACUGAAUGAGUAUUAGUUAAAGCAAAAUGGCCCUUUAUAAUAUAUAAACAGUUUAGGUUUGGGGGUAAGUUGGACCGCAUCCUAAUUUAGCUAGCAAGUUGGAUGUCUCCUACAGUUUGAACACUAUGACAUCUGGUAUAGUCAGCUGAUCUUGACAUAAAUCUCAAUGAAAGUUAAAUACUUCUCUGCAAUAAAAUAACAGGAUGUAGUUUUAAUUUUGCAUGUAGAGUGGCUGGCAUGCUUGCACUAUAAUUGAAAACAGAAGUUAUGUUGUAAAUGUUGUAUGAAGCAUGCAAGAAACUCUGAAAAAUGACAGUCUUUCUAAAAUGUUACUUAGCAGCAUAUCAUUUAAUUUCCAUUUUAUGUAUAGUGCACUGACUACCUUAUAUGCACCUUUUCCCCUCCAUUUUUGUUCAGCUAUGGGAAUACUGUAUAUUGUGCCUGAUCAAUUGGUGGUGGCUGUUCGUAUGCAGAAAUCAUACAAAAUGUACUGCUUUUAGCAUAUUGAGAACCUCAGUUUUCUCUGUAAAACUGAGUUCUUAAGGUUGUGGUGUUGGAUUGAAGCAAUGCUUGUGAAAACAAAGGGUAAGCGGAAAGGCUAAGAAGCCAUUUUUGGAAGUAAGAAGUGGGAUGUCAGUGCCCUCUGUCCUUCAUGACAACACAAUCAGGCAUCAAUCCUGUACCUGCGUACUUGAGUGAGAGUAAACUUCAGUGGACCCAACGUGGCUUAACUUCUUCUGAGUUGACAUAGGGUUGCUCUAGCUAGUACUGUACAAUAAAUUGCAAAACAAGUAAAUAGAUGCAUGCUGAUAUCUGCAUAGCUGAUAAAAGGGUGUGGAAUUCAGAUUCUCUUAGUGCAUACAUUUAAGUGCAGGGCACAUGGAGAUGCUUCUAUACAUGAUUUCUGUAUGAAGUAAAUAGGGAGCAGCAGCAUAUGGAAAAAGUUUUGCAAUCCAAGAUCCCUAAACACUUUCUCACAAAGUUUAGAAACAUGUUAACAAAAUCAGGACUGAGAGAACUAGAUUUUCACAUUUAAAAACAAAGUUCAGUUGGUACACUGUGUAGUGGAGAGAGAUACUCUAUUUUGCUAGAUCAAGGGUUUUUUAUGGUGCUAAGCUGAAAUCCUUCCUUGUUCACACUCCUUCACUUCCUUUUUGGAGUGAAUCACCAUUAAAAUUCUUGGUUUCUUGUAAGGUUGAGUUGCAAGUAUAGUAGUGCUUUUCUUUUAAAGCGAAGAAAACAGCAAGUUUGAACCAGUAGAUUAUCUUCAGUAAGGAAUUGAAGUUCACAUUUCUUCUGGCACACUUUUUUUUAAUAUAAAAAAAAUAAUCUACAAUUGGCAGAGAUGCUGAUCUGGUUGGAGUAGAAUUAAAACCAAAACCUCAUUUUAUACAAGUAACUAGAAAGCUAAUAAGGUUUGGUCCUGCUUAGUGAUUUAUAGACCACCUUAAAUCGCUGAAUCAUUAACUUAUUUUUUUUUGCCAGUCUUUAUAUCUUUAAUUUGCCAUGAAAGUGUCUGCUUAAAAACACUUUAUGUUUUUGGAAUUCUUGUCACAUAGAAAGAGAACCCUGGGCAAACAUCCAUAAAGGAAAUACCUGCAAAUGUUGCCUUAGUGAAAGCAAUAGAAGUGUAUGGAAGAGAAGAGUUGUUGGGCCAAGUAGGGCUCGCUUGAAAUGAAAUAGCAGGUGAAUACGUUGUAUUUUUAGCUGUUGUUUAAGAACCUGAAUUAAUAUUUGUUGUUUUUGUUUUGCUGUGCCAUAAGUAUUAGCUCUUCAAGUAAGUGGGUGAAAACUUGUAUACUGUCAGAAAACUCUCAUACUUGCUCUUUGACUUUGUGCCGCUGAAACCAUAGCUUUGCCAUGGUCUUCAACACUUGAAAAUGAUGUCAAAUGUGGGCACUGAAGGUCAUGGUAAACUUGGAAACGAAGGGAGGUCCUGAAAGGCCCCAAUAAAAUUAGGAUUGCUAUAAAAUGGACUCCUUUGAAAGGGAGUUAAAGACUAGAAUACUAUAAGAUAGCCAUUAAACACUGUUGAUCAUGCACUAAUAUUUCCCUGGUUUUGCUUCUCCUUAGUUUAGAAUCAGUGUUAGAAACACAUAUAUAUACCUUACCUCUCUCACCCUGACCUAGCCACUGUGAUCCAAGCAACGGUCACCUUCAGACUUGAUUAUUGUAACUCACUCUACGUGGGGCUGCCCUUGAGACUGACUCAGAAACCAGUGGGUUCUCGCCGUGGGAUCACAUUCACCCAGUGCUAUACCAGCUGCACUGGCUCCUGGUGGAGUACAGGAUCAGGUUUAAGGUGCUGGUUUUAACCUUUAAAGCCCUAUACGGCCUAGGACCCUCGUACCUAUGGGACCGCCUCUCCUGCUUUGUCCCAUGGAGGACCUUACGGUCUUCAAACAAAAACUUCUUGGAGGUCCCGGGCCACAGGGAGGUUAGGCUGGCCUGAGCUAGAGCCAGGCCUUUUUCGGCCGUGGCUUUGAUCUGGUGGAACGCUCUGUCACAAGAGACUAGGGCCCUGUGGGACUUGACAUCUUUCUGCAGGGCCUGCAAGACAGAGCUGUUCCACCAGGCCUUUGGCCAGGGCACAGCCUGACUCCCUCCUUUGGCAAUCUUCACAGAACUCUAGCCCAAUGGCUGCCAUUAAUUUGAUUUUGAAUUGAUUUUAAAAUGAAUUGAUUUUAGAAUGCUGUGUUGCUUUUAUUGUUGUUAGCCACUCUGAGCCUGGCUUCGGCUGGGGAGGGUGGGAUAUAAAUAAUAAUAAUAAAAUUAUUAUUAUUAUUUAUUAGCCAGUCGCCAAAUGGCACCUUGUAGGUUACAGUCACCACAAUGGGAUGUCUAGGCACCAUUCCCCGCAAUGCAGUUUUAUUGUUGUUGUUGUUGUUUUCAUUUGCUUUAUAUUUUAAAGGAAAAAAAUUCAAAGUUGCUUACAACACAUUAAAACAUCAAAUAAAACAAUCCAGAAUCAAAUAAAUAAUAAUCAAAUAAAUUCAAGCUUCAUUCAAGGAAACUAUUUCACAUCCUUCUCCAAGUGACAUUUUGCUUUCCCCAUAUUUAUUUACUUACUUAAUUUAGUAUAGCUGCCCCAUAGCAGAAGUACUCUAGGAAGUAGACUAGGACCUGGGAGGCCAGGGUUCAAAUCCCCACUUAGUAAUGAAUCUCACUGGGUGACCUUGGGCCAAUCACAGGCUCUUAAUGUAUCUCACAGGGUUGUUGUAGGGAUUAACUGAGCAGGGGAGUGAACCAUGUACUCCCUGGAGAGAAAGGUGGGAUAUAAAUGCAGUAAAUAAACUCUUCCGCUUACUUGCUUAAGAAAGUUGGAGGGACUAGCUGGAUGGAGAUGACAGUCACCAACCUGGAAUACAGAGAUCACCACGUGGUUACAAUUGGGCCUGCGCCAGUUGCAGAAUGCGCUUGGCUAAUUUCUAACACUAUUUAGAAUGGGUACCAUGCGUUACCCUAGCAAUAAUCACAAAUGCCUAUAUUGAAUCUUGUACUGCUAGAAUUCAUUAUGCAAGUGAAAUCCAGUUAUAAUAUCCACUUAUCCGAAUACAUUUUAUACACUAUAGUGAUCUUCUAAGUGAGAGAUGAAUUGUGGAUAAGGCAAUAUGCAGAACUUUGGGUUGAGUCCAUAAAUUUGUUCUGGUUAUGCAAGGACUUGUGCUUUUUAGAAAAACAUUCCCUCUUCCUGUGUGUUCCCCAAAUCUGUUUUGGGAGGGAAAUCUUGAAGGUACACGGGGGCAGGAGAAGGAGGGGAAGUUCUGUUGCAUAAGCAAAAGUCAUUGUGUGAAUACAGCAACUUUGCUGGAUACAACCCUUUCUCUUGGGUUACAUACUUGAACUAUUCAGCAGCUGCCAGCCCUGAAUAUUCUAAGCCAAGUAGUAGGUCUUGAAAUUUUCUAGUACAUAGUCCUGACAUAAACCUGUAAAACAAAUAGAUUCAUUUUUAGCAAUGUAUGUAUAUAUCAUGAAAAGUUCAUCUAGGUCCUGGGUGUUUUGCCCUGUCCAUUGCUUGACUGCAGCAUCUGAUGUAAUGUAGUUCUCCCACUCCUGAUGUAGAGGGAAAUGUCCAAGUAGCCAUUCUUUGCUAAAGUCAGUGACAGGGUAGAUAAGUGUAUUGCUGUCCUACUGCUUUUGUAAGUACAAUUUCGUACCAACACUUUCCAAAGAUGAAUUUAUGGAAGAACUAAAAGAGGAGUUAGAGGAUGAGUGAGUUGGCAUUUGAAGGGGAAAUUAAUGUUGAAUAUCCAGUUUCAGCAGUGUGUUCACUCUGGUUAGUGGAAUUCCUUCCUCAAUAUGUUUGAAAGCUUAAUUGGAAAAAGGAAGUCUGAGCUAUUCUGUGUUUCAAAGAUCAACAAGAUGUCUUUUGUAGCAUAUGUGCUACAAAUUCUGAUGCUACCAGAUGGCUGGAAGAACUUUCGUUGAAGGCAAGUCAGCAGUUGCCAAGUGCUUGUGGGGCUGGGGUGUGGGUGGAUUUGGUGGUGUUCUUGUGUUUGUAGUAAGGAGAAUGUAAGGAUAUUGAAAUAAGAUGGUGGAGGGGUGAUGUCUUUCUAUCUGGGUGCUUACCUGGGUGGGAAAACAGGGCCUAGGUGGGAGGGGAGGGGCAUUGUGGUGUAGUAUGGCUAAGAUGUCUUGAUAGACACAAGUUUAUAGUUAGAUCCUCUGAAUGCAUUGCAAAUGGGUUGAGGAGACCCUGAAUUACAGUAUUCAGGAAGGUGGUAUAGCAGCAAAGGGCUUGUGCUUGGCCUUGCAGUUUAAAUAGUGACAGUGUAAACUGUACAAGAAUUUUUGGAACAGCUGAGGUCUAAGGGGAAAACAUAUAUUAAGAGAGAGCUUUGUUACACCACAUACUUGGUGUUUGGAGGGCGCUUGCAGUUUAACUCAUCCUUGUGUAAGAAAUAAAGAAACUUACCAGUCUUAAUUCCAAGAAAUUUAUUUUAGGUAUAUAAUAUUUCCUUACCUGUGAUUUCCAGAAAAAUCUUAUAUUGCUGUACGAACAAUUCUAUUCACUGUAAGAGAAAUCUGAUUGUCUUGUUGCCCAGUUUGACUUUUAUAUUAAAAGGGUCUCUUGCCAGUGAAAGCAGAAGACCUUCCAAGCUUUCGCCAUUAUACAGAAAAUGUAAUUUGCAUCUGUUGUUCAGAUGUUAAACUGCAUAGGAGAGACUGGAUGGAGAGACUGCUUUGGAAUUUUAGAGUGGUGAAGGCACAGGAUGUGAACCAGCAUAUGUUUCCUAUUCAAGAGUAACAAUAGGUUUGGCUUAGUAAUGUUUUGCUAACAAAAUGAUGACAUUGCUAUAGUUGAACGAAGAUGUGAGAUUACUAAUUGCUCUGUUGGGGAAAAGACGGGGUACUGAACAUUGACUUAAUGGCUCAACUUCCACAGUGGUUUAAGCAAAACUAUUUUCCCUUCCUAAUAUUUGUGGACAUCUGUUAAUGUAUUAAUCCUGAGCAACACUUAACAAAUUUGAGUGGAUUUUGGAAGAGCAGCGUCAGAUUAUUAUAGAAUGUACUGCCUAAUUACUGCACAAAUUCAACCUAAUGUUCCAAGUGGACUUAAGGGGUUGUUUUGUGUUACAAGCAGAAAGCGAAUUCUGAGAGUUGCACAAGUACAGCAUGACAUUUAAAAAACAGAAGCGGACAAAUGCACACCCACUCAGGCUUUUCGUGUUGGGUCAGUUGUUCACCUACUAACUGGCUGUUCACAGCAAUGAUCAGCGGAUGAUCUUCUUCUCUCUAACCCCCUGCCCCUACUGUGUCUUUGUUCCUGAAACAUCUUAAUAUGUUUUAGAAAAUAAUUGUGCUAAAAAUAAUUGUGCUAAAGAGAAAAUAAUUGUGCUACAAAUAAUUCCUGUUUAAAGCUGGCACCUUUUAUUUUUUAAAAGACAAUCCAUUUGUGCAGCAUUCUUCUUAGGCGAUCACUCGUAGCCGAGUAAGAUUGUCUUCCAUGAACAUGAUCUUAACAGUGAACCUGUAAGUGACUAUGGAGGCCAAUUUUGGAUCCACACAGUGGAGACAUAGGUUUACAGGCGGGAGUUGAUCAUGGUGUGGGUUUGACAAGCAUGCCUUCCUCUUAGCACGUUUCUCCAUUUCAUCCUGAGUUUGAGCGUCUUCUAAGUCUAUGACACCUUUGCUAAAGGCUGUUCUUCAAUUGGCCAGUGUUUCCCAAUUGUCAGUGUUUAUACUACAUUUUUUAAGAUUUGCCUUGAGAGAGUCUUUAAACCUCUUUUGUUGACCAACGUUACACUUUCCAUUUUUAAGUUCAGAAUAGAGUAGUUGCUUUGGAAGAUGAUAAUCAGGCAUCCAAACAACAUGACCAGUCCAACAAAGUUGAUGUUAAGGAAUCAUUGCUUUGACACUGGUGAUCAUUGCUUCUUCCAGUAUAUGUACUGGCAUUAGUUCGCCUGUCUUCCCAAGUGAUAUGUAAAAUUUUUCGGAGACACUAUUGCUGGAAUCUUUCGAGGAGUUGGAGAUGCGUAUGUUGCUGCCAGCUGGUCGAAGUUGCUGUGUAAGCUUGUUCUGCUGUAGAACCAGUUUCUUCUGGGGAAUUUCUGUCAAUGUGCUGAGUAGAGUCACUGUUUUCUGGAAAUGCAAUUUCCCUCUAAGCUCUCGAGUACAGUUAAGAAUAUUAGUAACUGUGGUGUUCCUAUUUAUUUAUUUAUUUAUUUCAUUUAUCAUUUCAUUUCAUUUAUGUCUUUCCUUUCUCCCAGUGCAGCAACCAAGGCAGAUCACAACAUGAAUUAAAAACAGAUACAGCUAAAACUCACAAAAGUUAUAAAUAUAAAAAACCAAAUAAAUUACCAUAUUAAAAACAGCGCUGAAUAAAAGCAGCUGAAAACCAUUUCAGUUUUUAUCCCACCUUUUUGCAUCUUCACCCACCCAAAAUGUAAUAAAAUAUCAAGAUAAAGUGGCACCAGCAAAAAGAGUAGCAGCAACUUGUACAGCAAUUCUAAUCUGCUGUAGACCUGGGGGGUGUAGAAUAUGUGCCAAAAAUACUGAAUUUUGAAUGUGUUUCAGGUAAUCCAGAUUUGUAUGCAAGUGAGAAUGCAAGUGAGAAUGCAUUUCACUUAGAAAAUGAUAGAAUUAUGCCACAGAAUGGACCUUACCUCCCAGUUUAAACAUGUUUGGAGCUAUGUCAGAUCUAGGACUAGUUCAAGCCAAUCAGUUUAGAUUAUAUAAAAUUUUACAAUUUAAGGCACAGCUGUCUUUUUAAAUAGUCAUUUUAAAGCUGUAAUCCUAAAGUACCCUUUAGGAUUAAGUCCCACUGAACACCAUGAGACUUGCUUUUGAGUAAAUGCAUAUAGGAUUGUUCUGCAUAUAAGGAAUACCAUGGCAAUACAGAAUCAUUUACUGUAAUUUCUGUCUGAAUAUCUUUGACCAAAACUACUUUGAAGUUUGGAAGCUGCAAUACUUGAUCCUUCAACCUUGGGUCCUGUGGUGCUGUUGCAUUUGCAAACUCAAAUAUUCCACAGCCAGUUUAGCCAGUGAUCAGGGUUAUUGGAAGCUCUAGUCCAACAAUAUCUAAGGACCUGAGGUUGAAGAUUGCUGAUCUCCUUCAUAUGUUUGCUUCAUUGAUAGGUGACAUUGUGUUAAGAGUAUUCAGCUUAUUUUAAAGCACAUUAACUGAUCUUGUCUCAAAUGCAAUGUGUAAAAUAAGGGAGGAAAAUAGAGGGGACGUAGGGGGGAGUCAGCUUUUAAAUUUGUAUUAAACUUGUAUUAAUUUGGUGACAAAUUGUUAACAAUUAUGGAGGGGGGAAUUGCAAAUGCAGUGUGUAUACAGUGCUGUGAAAUUGGCUAGCUGUUGAUAUGACCUGAAGUUAUGUGCCAUUUGUUUUUCCACUCUGAAACAUUAUAUAAACCGAACACUUGCAGGCUUUGGGACUAGCAGCAUUCCACAUGUGUAACAAUAAUUGUGAAACACAAAAUCCCACUGGCUGAAGCCAGGACUGAUGCUCCCAUUCCACAAAUUCUGCUAUGUAAGAGUUGAAAAAACACGUACAAACUAGGUCAAACAGCAAGCUUGUGUGUCUCGAUGAAUGACACGCCUAUUUUACUUGAAUUCCAUGCCAGACCAAUGAAUAAUCAAAUCUAAGGUUUGCAUUCAAAGACGCCAUGAUAACCACUUGCUUCAGAACACACAGCCAAACCUUAAAUGUAACUGCAGCAAAUUCCAGAGUCUGUUUUAGCAAAAAUAGUCUUACGAGUCUUCAAAAUGCCACCAGUGUACUGUGACAUGAAGUUUCAUGGACCAGAAGAUGCAUCUGAGAAAGUAGGUUUCAUGCCUAUAAAAGUUUGUGCCUCAGUACAUUGGUGAGCCUGCUGUAGGAUACUUUUUUAUAGAUUUAGUGGUUUCCUAUGAAUGCGAACCUCUAGCCACAUAAGACUUUGUAAUGUAUUGUAUAUUGCUCUUCUAUGCAAUAAUGGAUAGUCUCUGUUUCUGAACGCUUACCUAAUGCCAUUCUUGAAGUCUAAUCUUUGAUAUUGACAGAAAAAGCUAAUGCCUUCCCUGUUUAAUUACAAUCUUUAAAAUCGAGCAGUAUUUUAAAAACUUUUUCUCUCUCUUCCCUCCGACAAAGCUGUCAAGUGCAAAUCCUGUGUACGAGAAGUUCUAUCGACAGGUAAGUGUGGCUGGCUUCCUGGGCUUAUACAGUACUUGCUUUUAAAAUAUCUCCUCCUUGGGUAGUUAUGGAUGGACAUAUUAAAGAGGAGAAUAACACAGAUAAUUUCUUCCUGUCUUUAGGCAAUAGAAUGAAAUAAAUAUUUUGGGUGUAAAGUUAAUUCUUAGGAUAUUUCAGUAGCUUUGCAGUACAAUGGACUGUUUAAGACAUUCAUAUUUAUACAAACAAUCACUUGUACCAGUACAAAUCAGCAAUUAUUGCAAAAGCUAAUUGCUCUAGGCCCCACCAACCUCUCGUACCAGACAGUAAUGGAUUCAUACCAUUACAAGAGGAAUAUACUGUGACUCAUUAUGUCUCCUUGUUGAAGCAACCAAGCAUAUCUUCAGUAAAAAUUCUGUCCAGUAGCUUCUUAGGCCAUGUCUUUGAAUGCAUAGUUCAGCUUAACUGACUGGGCUUUAAACCUAUCAGUCUGGUCAGCUCUCAAAGUUUAACGUAGUUCCAAUAUUUGUAAGUACCAGAAAAGAAAGGCCUGGUUGGAAACUGAAAGCACAAAAUAAAUAGAUUAAAACCCUUAAUAUAUACAUAACAAGACAGCUGCAAAUAUAUAUUCCCUUCUGCAUGAUGAAUAUAUACCUCUCAUCAGUCCUGCAUUUCUUUAUGUUUAGAUGAAAUGAAUUAAUGAUAACAAAAAAAAGACCUGCCUUGGGUACUAUGAUGCCCACAAGAGGACAAAUGUCUCUGUUCUGAUUACCCAAAAGUUUCAAUGGCCUGCAUUGCCACAAGACUAGCAUUGCAUCUAAAUUACUGUUUGUUUUGGCAGUCCUAGCCAUUAGGUCUGUACCAUCGAGCUUUGGUAGAAUGGAAGUUCCCUUCUGCAUUGUUACAGAUCUAAAUGAGGACUGUUUAUGGAUUAUGGAUUCCCAGUCUUUUUUUAGAUGCAGAGAUAUUUAACGUCUAACUUAAGUACCUAUUAGUUAGCAAAUAUUCAUUACAUUGAUGCGGAAUAUAGAGAGAAUUAGUAGUAGUUAAUAGGAACUUUUAUUUCAAAUCAAAGUAGAAGUAAAUUCAUAAUAGAAUAAUAUUGUAAGAAUUGCAUGGCUUCUCUCUAGCACAGUCUGUAUGACUGAAUGCUUCUAUUAAAAAAUGCAACAUUUGAAUGAACAAAACACACACUAAGCACGCUGAAAGAAAUUAUAAACAAAGAGAAGAGGAGCUUCUGGCUGGCAGCUGUAGGGAUCUUGCAGAAAGCAGGAAAGGGGAUUAAACGGACCAUGGUUGUCUUGAGGUACCCAAUGUGAAUGUUGUUGGACUACAACUCCCAUUGGUUCCAGCCAGUGUGGCGAAUGGUCAGGGAUUCUGGGAGUUGUAGUCCACAACAUAUGGAGGGCACCAUAGUGGCUACCACAGUGUAGAAAAAUGUACAAGUCACAGACUGGAAUGAAGCAAAGCAACACUCUAGUAUUAUACAGUUGAAACAAACUAAGAUAAACAUUGGAUAGCUGCUUUAGUCACAGUGUAUCCGCUCUUCCUCCUGGCAAGGAAAAUGUAGUGCUGUGCUGUCAGCUGCUAGCUGCCUGACGUUGUCAGUCUUUUUGACCUUAACAAUCGAAAUUAGUGAGAAGCCUUGCAAGUCCUUCCAGGAAAACACUGCCAGUUCUGUACCUUCCAUCGUUGUCCCUUGCUCUUCUAGGUAAAGGUGGAGUUGGGGAAAGGGCCUCACAAUACUUUAGUUUUAUACAGUAUACAGAGCCUGGUGUAUAAGUAGCUUCUAAGUACUCAUUAGUUUUAAAAAGAUCAUCUGGCUACAGUAUUUGGCAACUGUAUCAUUUUGUAGUUGCAUAUAAAUAAAUAAUUUUGCUGAGGUAAUAAAUGUGUUGUACCCUUAAUAGUAGUUCAGCAAGUCAUCCAAGUAAGUCAGUAACAAAACUUUUUGUAAGAUAUUUAGUGUGCAAAUUGCUACAUAACAAAUCUUCAAUAUGCCUUCUUUUUGCAGGUUGAUCCUAGUAACUCUGGGCGGGUGUUGGCUUCCGAUGCAGCUGUCUUCCUUAAAAAAUCAGGACUGACAGACUUGAUACUUGGGAAGGUAUUAACUGUGAAUCAAAUAUGGGGGUUGGGGUGGAGAGAUACCAUCCUGUCUUGGUUUUGACAAUAAAGAAAAUAUUGCUUCCAAUCCUUAAGCCCUUCUAUCUCUCCAGGAGAAGCUUCUUGGUGCGCACGAUUGUAGGCCUGAAUGAAACAAAAAUUGGGUGUUUUGUGGAGCACUCAGUAGUCAGAAUCCAGCCCAUAGUUAGGUGCGCCAAAGCCAAUUUAAAUAGGCUUUGUCUUGCUUAUCUCUCUGGUGCAUGGUGGCCUCUACAUUUACUUUCUCUAAGGACUGACCCAGUUGCAGCUUGGAAUAUUUUUCAACAUAGGACACUUCAGAAUGCUUGAAUAUGCACUGGUUAGAGAUAGAAAAACGUACUUCCCUAUAAUGUAUGAAAGUGCCUGCAAAUGAGAGAAGAGUAACUUAGAGCACUGAAAUGCAUGGGUGAAAAGUGAUUGCACAUAUUUUGUGUAUGGAUGUUUUGUUUUGACGUUUUUAUACACCCUUCAGUUUGUUGAGCUAUUAACUUUGUUAGAGCUCUGUUUUCCCUUUUGCCAAAACUAAAGCCUCAACAUUAAACUGAAAUUCAUACUAUUGCCCGAGGUGUCACACGUUUCAUCAAUGCACUGUUAAGAUAAUGUGGUUAAACUUUUGGGGUUAUUAUUUAAAACUGUUGCUCAUUCAAGUGGGGAAAAGAUAUUUCUGGGAGUACUUCAAAUGCUUAUUUCAUCUAACUGUUUAGGUUUGGGACCUUGCUGAUACAGAUGGCAAAGGAAUCUUAAACAAACAGGUAAAAAUAUGAUAUAUUUUUCUUCAAAUGAAUAUGGUGAAAGGAUAACGAGAGUAAAAAAGCAUUUUUAUAACAGUUUAUAGCAGGUUAGAUUCUGUUAGAGACAUCUGUUUCUUCAUAACACACGGAGACACAACCGGAUCAUUAUUGAAACGGGCUUACAAAUUAUGGUGGAUGAAAAAUAUUUUCUUGAGCAGGAAUCAGUUACUUGGUGCAGUAACUCAGUUACUACACUUCUAGCUGAAGGAAAACAGUGGAACUCAGUUAAGGAUGAUAUACAGGUGUAAUCUACUCAAUCUUUUAACCAUUCUUAGAAGAUCAAGCGUGUGUUAGAGGACUGCGUGCUAUUUCUUCCCAAUUCCCAACAGCCUUAAGCCUUGAGUAAGGUAAAUAUAAGCCAGAGUUCCCUUAUCACAAGUGUUCGUUCUGAAGCAUUUAACCAUGGUAGAGGCCAACAGAGAAGGGUGAGAAUAAUUUGUGUAAGGAGAGGGGCUGGGGGAUUAGAAUGUGCAAUUCUGAGGCCUGCUCCUUACCGUUAAAUGUUACCCAUUGCUUAAUCACAGUUAAAUCUGCUUUGCCCAUUAUGUUAAUUUGUAAUGCUAACACCAAAGUGUUGCUUAAAGGUAAAGGGACCCCUAACCAUUAGGUCCUAUCGUGACCGACUCUGGGAUUUUGGCACUCAACUCACUUUAUUGGCCGAGGGAGCUGGCGUACAGCUUCCGGGUCAUGUGGCCAGCAUGACUAAGCUGCUUCUGGUGAACCAGAGUAGUGCAUGGAAACGCCGUUUACCUUCCCGCCGGAGCGGUCCCUAUUUAUCUACUUGCACUUUGACGUGCUUUCAAACUGCUAGGUUGACAGGAGCAGGGACUAAGCGAUGGGAGCUCACCCCGUCUCCGGGUUCGAACCGCCGACCUUCUGAUUGGCAAGUCCUAGGCUCUGUGGUUUAACACACAGUGCCACCCGCAUCCCUAAAGUGUUGCUUAAGUGCAUCCAAAAUAUUUUGCUGUUCUGUAUGUCCAGGGGGUGCCUUUCCCCACUUGCAGCCUUUUGCACCAUGUUGCACUCUGCUUCUGAAUUUUCCCUGCAACUUGGGAGCAGCUGGUUGGGUAACAUAGUGAGCUUCUUUUAGGAAGUGGAUGAACAGCUCAAGCUUCCCCACACAAGCCAUGGAUCUAGCCCUUGAUUACUGCCUUAUACAGCACAGAAUACUUAGAUUGCAGAGUAAACACCAUAACAUUAUGGAUCAUGCAGGAUUUUUAACACAAAAGAGAAAAGCUAGACCAGUGAGUGAUGUGUUGCACAUUAGAGGAAAGUUUUUAAGAAGCAACGCUUACUCUCCCAGCUUAACCUUUUGGAAAUGUGAAGGAUUUAUAAUAAGAUUAGAACACAGAAGAAUGUGUAAACAAAUGUAAUGUUUUUUAAAUUACAUCACCGCCGUGUGUGCUCUCCCUUCUUCUAAUGCUGAAUAUUGAUGCAUUUUAAGAACUGUUUAGGAAACCAUAUCAAGCUGCUUUGAGGUACCUAAACUUUUAGCAUGCCUCUAGUAGCCACAUCAAGAUUUGCAAUGGAAGAAAGACUACCCUGAAGGUUUUUACUUGAAAUGCGGUGUGUGUGUUUUGAUACAUUUUUUUUGGACAAAACGGUUCUAUGUUAAUUUAAUUCUCUUUCCUUUUUAGGAGUUUUUUGUGGCUUUACGACUUGUUGCCUGUGCACAGAAUGGAUUGGACGUUUCACUGAGCAGUCUUAACUUGCCUGUUCCUCCACCUAGAUUUGUAAGAACUUUUAAAAACGUCUUGCCUUCAGUAUUUGCAUACAAUAAAACCUGAACACAUUAUGCUAUGUUGCAUGUGCUAUCAAUAUACCAUUGGAAAAAAUCAUCUCAUGCAGCAUCAUACAUAGUGCCUUAAUUGUUGUCAAGUGUUAUAGUCUUACAAUACAUCUUUAGUCCCCUUUACUUUUAAAAAUAUACACAAAUGAUGCUCAAAAUACUGCAAAAUGUGCAGUGUUGGUGAUAGUAAUAUUUAGAGUACAGAAUUCAAAUACCGAUGACCUAACGGGUCAUAGGUCCUCACUGGCCGUUGUAUCUUGAACCGUGUGAACCAUAUUGCCCCACCUCUGCAGCCCUUUGGCUUUGGGGCAGAUAUAAGUCCUAUCCCAUAUAUUCCAAUUCAUUCAGCAGCUAACUCUGGCAAUAAUUGGAACUGGCCACUCCUUCAGAAAAAUAAUGUAAUUCAUUCUGCCCUGUCCAAUCAGUAUACCUCCACCCGCAUCACUCAGCCUGGACACUGAGGUCCUCCUCUGAGGGUCUUCUACUGGUUCCCUGGCUGUGAGAAGUGAAGUUACAGGGAACCAGGCAGAGGGCCUUCUCAGUACUGGCGAACAACCUCCCUUCAGAUAUAAAGGAGAUAAAGAACUAUACAACUUUUAGAACACAUCUGAAGGCAACCCUGUAUCAGGAAGGUUUUAAUGUUUGAUGCUUUAUUAUGUUUUAUAUAUUCUGUAAGCCAUCCAGAGUGGCUAGGAAAACCCAGCCAGAUUGGCAGGGAUUUAAUAAAAAUAAAAAUAAAAAUAAAAUAUUAUUAAUAUAUUGUAAUAAUAUAUUAUUAUUACUAUUACUAUCAAUCCAAGCUGGUUCUAGAAAGUUUCUUCCACAAUAUUCCCUUUCACUUGUGUCAAAAUUGCAAAAGCAACAUAUUGCGCUUUCUUGGUUAUAUUUACAUGUUGUAAGAUAAUGUGAGUAUCAAAUUGUUGACUAACCUGAGAUAAAGUUUCCUUAUUAAAAAAAAAACUGGGUAUGCACCAAGAUGAGAAAUUGAGUGCUGAAAUUGAGAGCCGAUUCUAUGUGUGUGAGAGAGCAUAAAAUUGCUGCUUUCAGAAGAUCUUUUUAAUAUUAAUUAAUACUGGAUGAUUAGAUGUGCUAAUCACUGUUGGUCAGUUUCUAAGAAGCCUUAGAAUCCUUUCCUUUGACCACAUGUCACCUUUGUGGGUUGGUAAUUAGAGCUCACAGCAGUUUUUAAUUAUCUUAUUUCUUCUGGCACACACUAUGUCCUCUGGCACAUAGUAGGGAAUUAUCAUUGUACACAGUGAACAUAACACUUUUCAACAUAGACAUUUUGGGAAUUAUUAGUCCACAUUUUGGCUGGUAUUGCAAGGUAUUCCCGCCAUCAUAGUUUCCUUAAACAAUAUGUACAUACUGUAACGUAAGCUACGUCAUCUUAGCUCACUGCUGAAAUCAUUCUUCAUUAAUACAGAUUCAGGCACUCUGACUUUAUUUUACACAGCAGGAAUUUAUGAUAAAUCUGAAUGACAGUUGCUUGUCAUUUCCAAGUAAGGACAACUGAAAUAAUUCUUCUUUCCACUAGAAUGAUUCCUCUAGCCCUUUAUUAUCUGGGGGAGCGCCAGCUGAUAUCCCAUGGGCUGUUAAGGUAAGGGAAGUGAACUGGAACCUUAGCUGAAGUGAAUGCUUUUUUCAGUGUAUCUCAGCUUCUGCCUAUUAAGCUUCUAUUUGGGGUUGAUGCUCCUACUUUCCUUGCUAUGCCCCUUCUUUGAAAACAAAACCUGUUACCCAACUGAACAAAUACUUCCUUGCAAUGUAGCACUUCCUCUCUUUGUAGUAGCUUGGCUCGGUUUCAUGACUGUUGGUUGGUGUAAAAGCACAUCCACAUCUCUUGUCUUGGAUAUUUGGCCAAGCUCCUGAAGGGUGUGUGUGUCUUUCUCACUUGAUCAACUAUUGGAGUUAUCUAUGGAGUGGCAGAUGCAUCCGUGUGUGCAUGUUAUUUUUAUUGGCUUCUUCCAAAUGUGGUUAAAAUCAUGCGCAAGAGGUCUAAACCAUAGCUGGCACAAGCUGCUGCUUAACAUAGCCAUUAGAAAUGGGCCGUCUCUCUAAAAACUCUUGUUCAUAUACUUGAGUCAUCUCCUACUUCGACUACUUCAGCCUCUUUUUGCAUCUCUAGUCAUCUCUUUUUACACUUGGCUCCUUCACCCUUUUACCAGAAAGAUCUGUCACCAGAAUCAUUCGCUUCUUCGUCACUUUGGUCAUAUGAUAUCCCUACAGUAGCUCCCUGCCUGUUUCCAGAUCCAGCACAGAUUUCUUUAGCCUUGCUGUCGAGAGUCCCAUCAUAGCUGUGUGAACUUAUCUGCCUGCUCUUAUAUCCCAAUAUAUACCUGUGACCUUUGUUCCUCCAGACAUAUUGACUUUAGCAAACAUGAAUCCUUGACGUUGGCACAGCAGGGGAAAGGAGAAUGAGAAAGAAUUUUUAAAAGACCCAUUUUCCACCUUGCAUCUCUGAAUGGUGCUACAAAGCUGCUGCUGAUUUUAGGGACUAGGGUUGCAUUGCAAAAUUUUCUUGUCCACCUGGAACUGUAUAAAUAAAAAUCUGUGAUGUAUUGCAAGGUUUCCCAGGAGGGAAAGUCCUUGCUAGAGAGAUCACCAGCACCUUCUGGUUGACUUGCAGCUAAAUAGAGCAAAAGAAGGAAUGCCUUUACUUUUAAGACCCAUUGAGAUUCUGGUAGAAAAAUUGUUUUAAAUGGUGCUUCCUGGGAUGGUUUCUAGAAACAUCUUAAGGAGCAGUAUAUGUGGAUUUUAAAAACAAAGAAGUAGAAUGGAGCUAAAAACACUAUUUUCCUUCUGAUUUGAUGCUCACUUAUUUACUUUAUAUUCAGAUAUUCAUACUGAAGUCAUCUCAUAAGAGGCCCACUGUCUGGCUUCUCCCACUGUCCAGUAUUUGUGUGUGUGUGUGCUUCUUUCUGUGUGCACUCUGCCUAUUCUCUUUUCAUACUGACUAGUUAAUUUUUGGUUGGGUCAAUAUUCCUGUUAAAUUAAGUGUGGCUCUUUUAAUAUUAUUUCUAAAACCAGGUAGAAGACAAGGCCAAAUAUGAUGCUAUCUUUGACAGUCUGAACCCAGUGAAUGGAUUGUUGUCAGGUGAUAAAGUGAAACCUGUUCUGUUGAACUCCAAACUGCCAGUUGACAUCUUGGGAAGGGUAAGAAUGACAAGCUUUUUAGCAAGGCAAAACAUCUGUUUACCCUGUGGAAUCCCAUAGGAUGAUGAUUCGUAAUUUUUGGAGCGUCCGUGAGGCUCUCUAUCUCAUGCAUGGUUUUCACACAUAGAUUAAAAGACUGAGAUCUCUACAAGGGGCAGCUCUUUAUAAGCAAACCCCUGCUGUUUGGUUGUUGAUCUGCCUUAGUGGCAGGGGGCCUGUGGGCCAGAUUAGGCCUUACAGGAAUCCAUGCCCACCUGCCCCAAACCCCGGGGCAUCCAUGAUGGGUGUGGAGCAGGUAAAGAUAUGGAUGCAGAUGAAUAACAGGGAGCCUUACAGUAUACUCUAACUGUGCCUUAGCAAGUAGGACUUCCUGCCAGUGCUGAUCAGUCGAUUUCAUUGGCCAUAUUCUGUUCACCGCCCUGUUUUACUUGUUACACAGAGUUAUGAAAGAGUUCCCCCUCAAGUUGCUUUUAAAUAAGAAAAUGACCUGCUUGAAGCUUCAGUUAGGAAGAGAGGAAAUGAUGCUUUAGCUAUUUAUCUUCUGCUGUUUUCCCUCUUGAAACCCUCUGUAGCGAGAAAAGAACAUUGAUGAGGGUGUUUUUGGAAGGGAAAGACUGCUGCCAUCCAUCUGCACUUGAUUGCCGCUUCAAGUAGCUGCUUUUCAUGUAUAAAAAGAAGCAUCUGAGGGAGUGGUUUCAAGGAACUCCAUGUAAUUAGCAGUUUGGCCCUGAGAUGAGUAGCACAAGCAUAAUAAUAUGGUUCAUAGGGUUGCUGUAUUGCAGUUUGAAUUGCCAAUAGAUGUCAUUAUGGACCGGAUGCAGUAAUAGUGAAAAGCUGUUCAGGCUAUUCUAAAAUUUUAGAUUUUCCUAAAAGUUAGUUAAUAAUCUGGUGUUGAGAGUUAGUCAUGGUCCAGAAGUGGCAGGUUUGGUUUUUGUUUUGCUCAGAGGAAAAACAGAUUUCCAAUGUCUAGUGCUGUUGGUAUUUAACAAUACAAUGAAAGAAGCAUUAGGAAUAUGAUGAAAUAAGGGUAGAAUAUUCCAUUGUGUCCUGAAUGUAGGCAUGUGCAUUUUUUGUUUAGGUUUGGGAGCUCAGUGACAUUGACCAUGAUGGAAUGUUGGAUCGGGAUGAAUUUGCAGUUGUAAGUAUAAUGGUCCUUGUGAGAUUCUAAACACACUUUUUAAAGUUUCUGGAGGUUGAAUAGAGUAUAGUCUACACUUUAAGUCAUACUGUACUUUCUUAGAGGCAUGUGAAUCCAAAUAUCAGACUGGUUCUUGGAAUAGAGCAGAAACUAAAUUUACCACCACCAACUUAAUUGCUAGACCCUGAUGUUGGGAAAGAUGGAGGGCACAAGGAGAAGGGGACGACAGAGGACAAGAUGGUUGGACAGUGUUCUCGAAGCUACAAACAUGAGCCUGACCAAACUGCGGGAGGCAGUGGAAGACAGGAGUGCCUGGCGUGCUCUGGUCCAUGGGGUCACGAAGAGUCGGACACGACUGAACAACAACAACGCUUAAUUGCUAGAUGGAAUGAUGCCCCCCUCACUGUUCUGGGGUUCUCCCUAACCUCCAGACCCAAUUUUGGGGACAGAUGGGGAAGAAGCCCCAUUGUGCAAGUGAAGAUCCUUGUGCAGGGCUUCCACUGACUGGGUUGGUUAGGUUAAUCUCACCCAUAGGGUUGUAUCUUAAUGCUGUCUAUAUGUGAGCAAAACAGAUUUCAACUCAUGGAACAUUGAAUUAUGCCCUAAGCUUCAAAAUCUGAAAAUACUUUUAAGUUGCAGUAUUUGAUGAAUUGCCCAGACUCUUGGCAUUGUAAUGCCUCUAAAUGUAACUUUGAACAGAUCAAAUUCGCAAUGGAGGAGUACAUGAAUGUGAGAUAGGUUUUAAAGGUUUUGUUCUUCCAGGUUGCUGCGUUGAUUAUAUAAGCAUUGAAAUUGCUUAAUAAUAAGCUAAUGCUGUGCCCAUCUUUUGUACUUCUUCAAAACUAUUUUUCAGGCCAUGUUCUUGGUGUACUGUGCUCUUGAGAAGGAACCUGUGCCAAUGUCUUUGCCUCCAGCAUUGGUGCCACCUUCUAAAAGAAAAGGUGUCAGUAUUGCAGGUGGAGUGCAUUUGUUGCCACCUUCAGCAUCCAGUAAAGAGUCCCAUCAGUCCAUGCCACCUGUAAGCCUCAAAGCACCAUCACCACAGGCAAGCUCACCAAUGAUCAGCAUUUUGUUCUAUAUUAUUAGAUGCGUAAUGGAAAAAUGACCUCUUUUUUUCUCCUCAGUGGGUUGUAUCACCUGCAGACAAGAUAAAAUACCAUGACAUUUUUUUGAAAACUGACAAAGACAUGGAUGGCUUCAUCUCUGGUGUGGAGGCUAGAGAAUUAUUCUUAAAGACCGGUCUGCCUUCUGCCUUACUUGCACACAUCUGGUAAGAUAUUUUUUAAUGGCACAAUCAUAAUUUCCAUUUUUAAAGUGUUGGUGUAGGGUAACACUAGUUAUCUGUAGAGAAUUAAGUUUUUAGGGAAGAAUUAGUAUUGCAUGUGCACGCACAGGACUUGUCUAACUGAAUUGGCAACAUGUUUUAACAGGAGAAUUCAGGGAUUUGUGUCUACCUUUGAUGACUAUGUCCUUUCCUCCAGGAGAAGGUUCCACAAACCGAUGGAGGCCUUGUGUUUGUAGAAGGGCACGUUGGGACUAAACCCAGAUAGAUUUCUUAAUUUGAGGUGGGAGGCUGCCAGCUUCUGAUGGAGUUACACACCCUCUGAAGGAGCUGGUACACAGCUUGGGUGUGCUUCUGCUUUAAAAUGUUUUAGAAGAAACACAAGUUUACAUAUCUGCUUAUAGUAUAAAAGUAAGGAAGAUGCUACACACUCUUCCUUGUAAGAGUAGCUAUGCUGGGUCAAAGUGCAUCUAGGUGAUGGGCAACCGCAGUUCUUUUUACCAGCUGCACCUACUGCUGCACCUACUGCAGUACUGAGAAGGCUGUUGUGUAUCUGCUAAAAUACUCAAAAGUUUCAAUACCAGCAUCAAAGUUGCAUAAUUCUUCUAAUGAAUACAUAAUUUUUAAGCGGGAGAACAAAUGUUGAAUCUUUCUCCCUAUGGCUUCUACAGGGCUCUAUGUGAUACAAGGGAUUGUGGGAAGCUUUCCCAGGAACAGUUUGCCUUGGCCUUCCAUUUCAUCAAUCUGAAGUUGACAAAGGGCAUUGAUCCUCCUCAGGUGCUAACUGCAGAUAUGAUCCCUCCAUCAGAGAGAACUGCUCAACAAAAGGUGACAUUUUUGCAUAUUUUAUGAUAUUUUGGACUUACUUUAAGAUACCCCCUUAUUUUUUUUGUCACAGGCCCUUGGGUUAGUGUGCCUAAUGAUGUGUAAACAAUUCUGCUGAACAGAGAGAUGAGUUCACUACCUUAUAUCUAUUUUGUUGGUUUUCCCUUCCCCCUCACAUAGACAAAGAAAGCAGACACGUCAUUUUUUUAAAAAUGAAAGGAAGAGAUGGUUGAAUUUGGAGCAGGGGGAAGGGAUUGGGACCUGUUUAUGAGUAUUGUCAGCAGAAAGAGGCUCUGGUUAAUCUAGUGCUGUCAUAAGCUCAUAGAGGUUCUCAUCGACUCUUAGGGUUAGGCUUCAGUACAAAGUUGUACAGGAUGAGAUUUGGUAAGAAUAUUGGGGGCAGUUCAGUGCACGCAACAGAGGCAUACAUAUGGAAGUGUCUAUGGCCUUGCGCUGAAGGGGAGGGGUGGAGCUGCUGUACGUUCAAGGAACUCCUGUCUAGGAAGUACUGGCACGGUUGAUACAUAAAUUCUGUUGCCCACCUUUGUAACAUUAAAAAUGUGCAUUUCAUGUUAAGGACUUGCAUGAUUCCUAACCUCCUUGUUUUAACGAUGACCUACCAUAAUAACAAAUUUAAAUAGGGUUAAGUCUCACAUCAUUUUUUGCGGUUUAUUUUUAAUCAGUAUAUGCCAGGUAAAAACAAAAGUUUGGUGAAAUCAGAUUUGUGUUGAUAGCGUUCUUUGCUCAUUUGGCCCUAGAAAAUUUCUUUUUGGUUGUGCUAAACCAAAACGAAUCAAACUUCCAGCCCAGAAAUGACUCUCAAGAAUUCUGCAUUUUCUUUGAAUUCAAUAAUAUCAGGUUUAUUUUUCAUUAUUUUGAAAAUCUGCUUUUAUUUCUUGCUUUACUAAUCUUUUUUGUAUGUUUGCUUUCCUUCUAUGUCUUUCCUAGUUUGGACUAUAUUUUCCAUUCUGCACCAUUCUGCUUUACAUCUUUAUUAUACUGUCAGUUUCUUAAAUCUGCCAUCUCAAGGUUAGAGAUUCUUCACUUUUCCAAUAUUGACUGUUUAAUAAUGAGCAUCUUUCUCAUGUCACAUUUUAUUUGAAACAGCAGAAUGCUGCUUAAUUCUCAGAAGUAGUGCUAUUAUCAUAUAGCUUUUGUCAUCCCAAGGUCUUUGCUGUACUUGAACAUUUAUAGAAUAAUAUACUGCCAUGUACUUUAUUUUGACACCUGUAUGAAGGAAAUAGUGUUAGGUAAAAAAGUAUUUAAAUUCAGAUUAUACUAUCAGUUUCUUGGGGUUAGAUAUGCCCAGGUGUAAGAUGCAAUUACUCAUCAGAAUUGCACAUUUGCUUCAAUUAUCAUAAAACAGUUACACUGUAGAGUAAUUAGCUUAUAGGUAGGCACAUUCAGUCUUAACCAACUGACAAUCUAAGUUAGCAGUGUAGACAGCAAUUGCAUUUUUGGCUGUUAAGGGAAGAAAUGUUAUCAACUUUACUGCGACUAUUGAAUAUAACAUAAGGAAUUCAGCAAUAGCAUGUCUUUUUAGCAGCGCAGCACUGUACUUCUAAAACUUGGAUUACCUUUUAAGCUUGUGUCUUUCCCUGGUUAAAAUUGUACUCUAAAUUGCACCUUGUCAGUUACAUUUUCUACUCACAUCUUCAUAUCGGAAGGUGAAUAGCAUAUAUCUGUUGCAUAAUGUCUUCUUUUUACAAAUAUAGCUAUGGUGUCACUAUUGCAAGUAAAGCAAUAGGAGACUUUUUGCAAAAUUCUGACUAACAUGAAUGAGGCAACAAUUAUCAAGAGAACCUCAUUACUUCCUAAUGAGUUAAUAUGCAAAUUAUACUAUACUAUUUAUUGGCAGUAGCCUUUGUGCUGGUCAGGUCCGUCUUUAGCAUAUGUGCCGCUGGGGUGCAAAGAUCCGCCCAGUGUUCCUUUGUGGGGGGGUGAACUCAAAGUUGUGGAGCUUUUUUGUUUUUUUUUGGGGGGGGGGAAUCGCUCACCUAUAACAACGCAGCAGAAAAAACUGCUUUUGUUUCCUGACACAUCAGGAGUAUUUGACGGAGGAGUGGGGCGGCCAAAUAUCGAGAGGGACCAGUUUGCAGUGGCUAAACAUUUGGCGCCCCCCAGAAUUCUCACCGCACCCCUUGCACCCCCGGGUAAAAACGGCCCUGGUGCUGGUGCUUAUCCCCCUAUAACAGCCCUGUAUAGAAUGGAUUGGGCAAGCCCCUUUAUAGCUCCACUGUAUCCAGUCCCAACAUCUGAAAACCUGAUAGGAUCAAAGGAAACCCAGUGCAACUGUUGUACCUCGACUUGUAGUUAGAGCACAGGUGUGUAUGGGCAGUGUGCUGUAGAUGAUCCUUGCCUCCUUGCCGUGGAUUGGAUGCCACUUCAGCUACUUGCACCACUGCAAAUUGUGCUGCUUAUUUAGAUCCAUGGCAAACCAUAUUUUCUCCUUUGUCUUGCAGAACAUGCUAGGACCAAGUCCUGUAGCAGACUUUUCAGCAAUCAAAGAGCUGGAUACUUUAAGCAAUGAAAUAGUUGAACUACAGAGGUAAGUAAAUAGAAUUAUGCAUUUUGCUUGCACUGUUUUCAUUUAAUUGCCCAUAACUUCAUUUACACUACAUAGCAGGAAGGUACAAUUCCUUUAAAUGAAAUGCAUCCCCUAGAACCCCACCAUGACAUGUAGCUUGUCAUGUUUACAUGAAUGAAACGCUUAAUGGGUACCUCAUAUGCCUUCAGGUUCGAGGGCAUUUCUCCCAUGGGCUCACCAAAAUCAUGAACCUGGUCUUUAUGAUUAUAGACCCAAGAGAUUGAAGAUGGAUAGAAAGGGAGAAGUACAAAAUGAUUUAUGAAGUGAUGAAAGUCAAAGUAGCAUGUUUAGGUUAGAGAAGGGUCAAAUAAUUUUAUUUUAUUUUUUAUUAAAUUUGCCAUCCCAUCUGAUGUCAGGAAGCCACUCAAAGUGCCCCAGUCUGUUCUGGAUUGAGCUUCAGUUUGUAGGCUCUCAUUCAGUCAAUAAUAGGGACAAGGCAACGGUCUACCACAUCCACUGCUGUACCUACGCUUUACAGAAAUGAGACAGUUUACAGCUGAUGGAAAAGAGAAGAGGGUAGAAGACGUGGAUAGAGAAGUGAGAGAGAGAGCUGGUGUGGGGGUAGAUGGAAAUGCAAAAUAAGACUUGUGAAACUUUGACUGAAAUGUGGAGUCAAUCAGCUGGAAAAAUGAACGGGGGGAAAGGUUAGAGAAUGAACUUGUAGUCUGUCAGUAUUGCCUUUAUCAACAUCCAGUUGCAGAGGAAUAUGUAAGGUGCCUUCUACCUUAUCUUGCCUUUAAUAUUGCAUCUGUCUACUAAUGUAAGAUUUAUUUGAGGUUACUUGAAUUUUUAGCAUUUAAAAGUCUACCAUGUUUAUGUGCAUUAUUCAGAUAACUACUUUCUGUAUUUUUAUGUUCAGUGCUAAGAAAUUAUUGGCUGCAACUGUGCCUAUCUGUCCUAGAUAUAACAGCAUGCUCUAGAUAAAUUCUUCCAAGUGGAUUUACAUUUGUUUCUUAAACAAAUGGAAAAAGUCCUUACCUUAGGAAACUGAAUAUCUAUGUUCUUGAUUAGGGGAAUUAAAAAAACCCCUGUACAGUACAGUUCACUGUAUCAGUGUUUACACAGUGGUUAAGAGAAGGCUGGUAUGUGUAUAUAUACUUGUUUUGAAAUAAUUUAAUUGUGUAGUGUUUUGAUAAAACACAUUUCCUUUUCUAAUUUCAAUCUUGCCUUCAGGAUUUCAAAGCAGGUGGUCAUAAUAGUCAGGCACAUUAUUUGUAUGACAGUGGCUUCUGGUAUUCUCUGACAGAGAUAGGAUCAAUAGCCUUGACAAUAAUGAAAUAAUGAAAUUAGUUAUGUUGAAUGAAAAGCAAAGCAUAUGUGAUGCCUUGCAAAAGGAACCUGCGUCAACAUCAAUGCAGAAUUGUGUGAUUUCUUUCCCCUUUGGCUAGCGUGCUCCUUCAGUUGACCUCUGCUGUUCUGUUUAUUUUAGUUUCUUCUGUGUUGGCUGAUUAUAAGCACAUUCAUCUCUGGUGCUAUUUAUGGAUGUUGUCUGUUGUGGAAGAUCUCAAUAGUUGUAAUACAGGAAAGAGCUAUAGGAACAGAUGCAAAUCUGCAUAUGAGAUUUUACUUUGCCUUGAAUAUCACAGCAAGGGAAACUUGUCAAUCGUUGAUCAAGUGGCAGGCCAUGCUACCUGCUGAAAAUAUUGAAAUGCAUGAAUAAUUACCAAGCUUGAAAGUAUCUCUAAGGAUUUGGAAACUUUUUCAAUUAAAGAACGAAGAGGAAACCUGAAAUGCUAGCAUACUGGGCACCCUCAUACUUGCUGGUUCUCCCUUUCCCCUUCCCCCAUCUCAAUAUUAAUCUCCUGAAAUUGUUGCUUAAAAUUGUUGUUAUUAUACAUGCAGCGACCUUUAUGUACAGAGUUCCAUUCCUGGCCCCCCACACGUGUUGGUAGGGCGCACAUAAGCGCCCCCAUUCCACCCUGCCCCGUUCCACCCUCUUCCCAGGUCCAAAAGGACCUGUGCCUCAGUGAUCAUUCUUCAAUUGGACUCACCUAAAAUGGUCGCUACCUGAAAUUAUUAUUUCCCACAAUUCACCAUCAGGUCCCAGGGUGGGUCACAACAUUGUAAAUGACAAUAUUACAAGCAGUUUACAACCAAUUACAAUCACUGCUGGAGAGGGUCCUAAAAAGAACUAUCUCAGUAUAUUAUCUAAUUAUCCACUGAGCUAUUGCGUCAAUACAGUGGUACCUCGGGUUACAUACGCUUCAGGUUACAGACUCUGCUAACCCAGAAAUAUUGCUUCAGGUUAAGAACUUUGCUUCAGGAUGAGAACAGAAAUUGUGCUCCGGCGGUGCGACAGCAGCAGGAGGUCCCAUUAACUAAAGUGGUGCUUCAGGUUAAGAACAGUUUCAGGUUAAGUACGGGCCUCCGGAACGAAUUAAGUACUUAACCCGAGGUACCACUGUAUAACUUUCCUGCAAAGUAUAGCAAAAUGCUAGCAGGGGAAGAGUGGAGGACAGCUCCCUCAGUGAAGGGAGUGUGUGAACCCGGGGUAAAAAGAUCUGUAAGGUUACAUUAGGACAACCUGCCCAAGUAUUUGGUCAUAUAUUGGGGAAACUGCACAUUGUAAUGGUUUAUUGGACACAAGUGUUUCCAUGUGGCUUCAUGCAGUCAGAUCCAAAAGUCCCAUUCUAUGCACAGGAUGUCUCUUCCUCGCAGAUAGGCUAUUAAAACCUUGUUCUAGAACAUCCUAUGAGGGAAAUAAUACCUGAUCCCAAGAUGCUUUUUUCACUUGCGCAAGAGCUUGUGAAAAUAUGAAAAUUAUAGAACCUGUGUAUCAUUUCACUGCAUGAAAUCUGCUAACACUUGCAUGUAUGUGUGUGCAAAAUUAUGCUAGCAGCAAUUUUCCUCCUGUUUAUGGCCCUGGAUCUAACCCAUGAUUGGGAAUCUGCUGUUUAGCUGCUUCCAGAUUUAUGUUUCAAAAAGAGGACAAAAAUGCUCACUCCACUGUUCGUUUUUAUCCAUAUUGCAAAGAUCAGAUUAGUAUUUUUCUAGGAAAAAAUAAUCUGGUUGCUCAAGUCUAUUCAGUUAUAGUUCUGGUUCUAAAAGGGUUAAACAGAUGGAAGCUGAUGCAAUCCCUCCCUCUUUUCACCAGACAAUUGCUCCAUAGCAACAGUGAGAUCACUGAAGACAGUAUUUCAUUGAUUCUUCCCCCCCUCCCUCCCUUUCAUCUCUGCUUUCUCUUUAAGCUGUUAUUUCCACCUACCCAUGUCUGGGAGAGUGAAAAUUGUAUAUGUAGAACAUUUCCUUUUUCUUCUUCGUAAAUAAAGGAACAGAAACUCAUUCCUAUAAAUUUAAUGUUCCACUAUGUAUUUAAAAAGAGAGACUGGCUUAGGGGGUUGGAUAACUGUACCUGGUGUAGCUGAUGUGCUUAAAUAUUCCUGCAUUGUUUGCUGGUCUUCUAGGGAAAAGAAUAAUGUGGAGCAAGAUCUAAAGGAAAAAGAAGACGCAAUCAAACAGAGGACAAAUGAGGUCCAGGUAAUUUCAGUGUAAAUUUGUGUGGUUUUCUUGUGCUUUGAACAAUGUGUUGGAUGAACUGCCUUAGAGCUUGUUGAAAAAUAUAUUGCAGUAAGUGUCCUUAGCAAAUGCACUGCAAAUAAGGGUUCUGCACAUGCUGAUGUAAGAAUUUUAUUACCUUAGGAAUUUUGAAUGGAAAUGUCAUGUUAAAUGCCUGCAGGAUAUGGUGCUUAAGGAGAGAUGAGGAAAAUGUGGCAUGUUUGCGGAGGAAGAUACUGUUCUGGUCCACAGUAUUAGAAUUUUAAGCACUGUAUACCAUAACACAUUUAGGAUUUUGUUUCCUGCAGAUAAAGGAUUGCACCUAGGCACACAUUUGUCAAGCUUCUCGUUUCUUACCCAUAAAUGCCAUUGAGUUCAUCGAAUUACCCAGGCAUAAGUGAUACUAAGAUUGUGUCCUAACCUAUGCUGUAGCUGGAGGGGUGGGACUCCAGAGCAUCUAAAUGUUGAGCAAAAACUGCUUUUGCUUAAAUUUAAAAAUCCGUCCAAUUUGGCUAUCGUCAUUCAGUGGCAACCUCUUAUUUAUUGAGCAUUACAGUCUUUUCUGGUGAAACACAAUCAGGCGGUGUCUUACACAGAGCAGUUUAUUUGUGAGCAAUUUUUCUCGCUAGAUGAUGGUGAAAUCUGUUUUCAUAAGGUGAUGAGAAGUGCACUUCUUUUUAAUGAUAGCAAAAAGUGAAGCCUGAAAUGGGCCAUUUAUUAUAAAGUAAAAUCAUAUUUCUCUAAACAUUUUUAAUGGUUAUUGAUUUUCCUUUUCCUUUAGUAGCUCCUUGUUAUAGAAGCCAUAUAGUACUGAAAUUUGAUUAAUAGAAAAUGAAUUAAAGGAUUUGAAAGGGAUGGUAUUACUGGAGAUCUUCUUGUCUUCAUAAGCUAAGGCAGAAUUUUCAACUAGGAAUUGGAAAUGGUGGUCUUUUUUAAAAAAAAAUGGAUUAUGGACUCCUGAAAUGCUUAUUCCUCUAAAUUUACCUAUUCAGUUAUGUUAGUAUGAAAACUAAAACUACAGUUUUCCCCAAGAAACUUGUUGAAAUACAAUAUUAGGAGGCCUACUGUAGGAUUGUUUGCUUUUCACCUAGUGAGGCAAGCUUUGGUAGGAAAGCAGAUAUUUUUAAUACGUGUGUGAGAGUAAGGCUUCCUUUUAUUUAUUCCAAUAAUAAGAAUGCUUUACAUAUUUGAGUAACAAGUUAAGAACUUUCAGUUAUGUUUUAUGUUUAGAGGCACAAAUAGACUUCCUGCCUUAGUAUGCAUUGAAACUUUUGAAGAUGAGCCUUGAUCAGAAAUGCAAGAGUUUCCAUGGUUUGAUUUCAUACCAAGAAAUCAACAUUGAAAUUAAAUUACGUAAGAAAUGUCUCUGAAGAGUCAUAUGUAGCUUUAGAAAGGGUGAAACUGGACAUUAAGAGAAUGGCAUUUCAGACACUCAAAAUGAGUUGUGCAAAUCAAUGCAGUAUUUACUGAAGUGGAGUAAAUUGAAAUGGCAUGAUAUGUGCUAUAAUAAAAGAAAUAUAUGGACUUAAACGUGAAAGCAUUCAAUACGUUUAAUUCAUCAUAUAGAAAAGGCAUUGAACAGAUUGAAAGGUGUCUGUUCUUCUAUAGAUCUGUUUUCACAUCUAUGAACCUAAUUUCCUUUUCAUAAUUAGGUUUCUGAAGUUAAUUAUCCUUGCUUGUUUUUAUUUUGGAAAGGUUGUUUUGAUCAUCUCAAAAUGCUAUGCUUUAUAAACUUCAAAAAGUGUAGUGGCUUUAUUUAACCUUGCUUGCGUGCAUUACUGUAGCAAUAUAUUGUCUUGUGGGCAUACAGAGCAAGUGUGUGGAAUAUUCUCCUUAAUUCAAGUGUCUUGUGCAGGGGUAGGCAACCUAAGGCCCGGGGGCCGGAUGCGGCCCAAUCGUCUUCUAAAUCUGGCCUGCAGACGGUCUGAGAAUCAGCGUGUUUUUACAUGAGUAGAAUCUGUCCUUUUGUUUAAAAUGCAUCUCUGGAAUAUCAGCUAAAAAAAUUUCUGAACAUGUUACAGUACUUACUUUGUUCCUUUUCAUGUUAUUGUUUUUAAUUCUGUGUCAAAAUAGACAAUUCUUCCUUCUGAAAAUGUGUGAUAUAAACACCAUCUGCUUCAUUUUUGUCAUAGAAAACAAUUUAUAUGCUUUCUGUCUUGUUUUCUUGGAUUUUUCCAUUGCCUCCUGCCACCCCUUCCAUUUUUCUGCAUAUAUCAUAUGGUCUAAAUCUUCAAACUGUCAUACUUUUUAUGAACAUGAAUACAUUAAAUGCUUUUUAAAAAAAAAACCCAAAAACUUAUUUGCAAAAUUCCAGGAUCUUCAGGAAGAAGUAAAAAGGGAGAGCAAUAAUUUACAGGCACUGUUGGCUCAGAAGCAGGAAGCAGAGGAAAUCCUUAAUAAUCUUGAUGACGAGAAAGCCAAGCUGGAACAGCAACUUAAUGUAAUCCGGCAGAAAUGUGUUGAAGAAGCUGAUUUGGUAGGCAAUGGUAGCUCAUUUGUGAAAACGCCCCUAAGUUUAUUGCAACUCUUCACUGGAGCAAUAGUAAUAUAUAUAUAUGUGAUGUGAAAAAGAAAAUAGCUGGAAUGGGAAAAUGUUGCUGUUCUCACAUUAUAAAGAACAAUUGACUGAAGAUUACUAAAUUUGUUUCAAAUUUAAGCCUUAAAGUGAGGGGGAAGAGAUAUUGCCAUGAUUGCAAUGUAACUCUUAUUGGUAUGCUUCAAUGGGUGCUAUAUCCUUCUAAGAAUCCAUAUUGUUGCCUUGUUUGGUACAUGCACUGUGGGCUCUUCCUCGAAGCUAUGUUAGACAUUUCGGACAUGGUUAUGGUGCUGUUUUAAGGCCAGUUGCUAUUAAUCCUGGCCUAAGUUUGGAUGGGCGCAGUCUUAAGAGUCUCAUGCCCAAAGCAAUUCAUUUUUAAAACAUAACAGCAUAUUCCUACAAAAGAAAAAGAAUAAAUAAAUAUAAAGUUGUGGUUUGGCUAACCCUGUCAUAGCAAUGUAGUGCUCUCCAGAUGUUAUUCAGACUGCUAAGCCCAAGCAUGCAGUCAGUGGGUCAGAGCUGAUGGAGAGUCUGCUCUCCAGGUACUGUCAGAUCAUCAAAUUAGCUACUUUUCAAUUGUAGUGUGCUCAGGUGUGGUAAAAUCUAAUAAUGAGUAAACUUGAACUGUCACUGACUCAGUUCAGAAUCAUGCGCCAAAUCCUCAGAAUCAUGGUGUGGAAGAUCAGGAAUGUGCUACUUGCACUUGUACUCUUUUCUGUUCCUUUUCUUUCUUGAGCAAGCAAUGAUUCUCCAUUGCAUCUGAAGGGGACAGACUAUGACUCCUUUAAACAACAAUAAAGUUGUCAGUCUGUGAAAGAUGAAGGAGGCAGACAGCAACGCAUUCCUGAUCCUCCGCAAACUGGUUUUGCAGAUCAGGAACAUUGCAUUUUAACUGACCAAUUCAGAUGCCAUAGUGGGAAUAGUGUUUAUGCAGUCCAGCUUCUUUCUUUUACUUAUGCAGUGAAAACCGUGCUGCCGCAAGUACUUCUUCCAUAGUAAAUAGCCAUACUGCUGUAAUAUGGAAUUUUUUGAAACCAGAAACUACUAGAACUAGUUCCUAAAGGCAGAUCUUAUGGAGUCUAUAUUCACCAAUUCAAAUUAAUCUGUACCUGUAAUUAAACAUGCUACUUAAAAAAAAAAUGUUUUGGGGCAAAGUUGUGUAGUUUCUAACUUAUUUUGUUUUCCGCUCUGCAGAUCUCAUCACUAAAGGCAGAAAUAACUGAUCAGGAGUGCAAAAUCUCCACAUAUAAAGAUGACUUGAAUAAAGCUCAAGAAGAGCUUGGCAGGCUGCAGCAGGAAACAGCAGAGCUAGAGAAGUGUGUCGAGACGGGGAAAUUGCAGCUGGGGCCUCUUCAGGAGGGUCUUCAGGAGUCACAACAAGAAAUCACUUCAGUAAGAAAAUAAGAGAACCCAUUUUUCCUUGUUGCCUUUUCUACCAGUCCCCAAAUUUUGCUGUUUGAACCAGCCCCCCCCCAUUUCAUUGAUAUCUAGCAAGGAUUAUCACAACUAACUCUGCUAUUUAAAACUGAAAGAGCAGUGUGUAAGGUAGAGAUUCACAAGCACAUGGCAGGCAGCCUCCCUCUUUUGCCACAGAACAAUCAGGAGUGCUCUUUAAGGCUUCAAAUUGUUCCUUUGCAGCCUCAACUGUGCCCGUGGCAGUCCAUUACUUAGGACAUUCUAGCUAGCUCUUUUAUUUGCCUGUGAAAAGCUUAAAUUCAUAGUUGUCAUGUGCAUUAGUUGGACCAGGAAGAUAUGAGUUCAAAUACUAGCUUGGCUACAAAGCUUAUUGAAUGGUUUUGGGCCUGUCACUGUUCUUUAGGAAGACAUACCUGUCUGUGUGGUUGUGGGGACAAAUGAAGGCAAUUCUUUGGUGACAAGGCUGAGUAGAAAUAAAAUUAUAUUGUGUAGCUGCUCACCACUAAAGAGGGGAUUUGGUGAGAUAAUAAGAGUGACAUUCUGUAUUCCCCAAUUCACUGGAUACACUCCUGUUUCAUGGUGCUUUCUCUACUACUACGGUCAGUCACUUGUUGUAGUUUGGCUUCUUUGAAUAAACCAGGAGUAGUGGACCUGUGGUCUUCCUGAUGUCAUUGGAUAACAACUCCCAUCAUCUCUAGCCAAUGACCAUGUUGGCUGGAGCUAAAAGGAGUUGACGUCUUAACAGCAUCUGGGAGGCCAAAGGUUCCUCAUCCCUGAAACAAUCUUUUUAAACUCAACACAGUCUGGCCUGAUUCAGACCUAAUGACAAACUGCAGGAUGCUUCCAAUCUCUUCCUUGCAGCCACACUGGAUAAGGGUGGGGAGCACUUGCCCCUGAAGCUCAAGCUGUUUAAUUCCUGUAGUUCUGGGUUCUGUCUAACCUGGAGCAAAAUAUACUUUUCUUGGAUCACCUGGUAGUAUGUUAGGAUGCUGCAGCAUUAAUCUUCCCUUUUUACUGGAGCCUUUUUUUUGCACUGAAGUACUUAAUACUGAGAAAUGUGCAAAAGAGUACUAUAGUCGUUGCAGAAAUUGUGCUUGGUCAAUACAGGCGUUGCAAAGCAAAUUUCCCAAGUGAUCAGAGUUUCUAUUGAGCAUUAUGUAUAAGCGGCAUAUUUACAGAUUAAGGACCAUCCUAAUUUUUGCUCAUUUUUGAGAGGUUGAAGUACUUGAGUUCCUACUCAAGUAGGAGGGGGGCGGAUAGAGGACUUAUUUGUAAGAGACAUAGAAGGGUUGCUCACUGCAGACUUUUAACAUCCCACAGAAGGAACUAAAAUGAAAACUUGAUUCUGAAAAGAGGCAUGCAAUACCUUAAAUAUGUGAGUUGCAUAUGCUAUUUUUAUGUUGUUAAGUAUAUUUAUUGUUUUCUCUUCACAGGUGCAAACAAAACUAUUUGAACUCAAAGAGUUGGAAAACGGCCUCUUUAACUGGGAGCCUCAGCCACAGAACACACUACUUAAUGGAAAUGGCAACCAUUCAAGCCUCAGCAACAGCAGCAGUGAAACUGCUAACUUUAAUGAGAAUGCUGAAAGAGAGAAUUCAGCAGAUUCUGAACAAAUAAAUCAUGAACCUCCUGUGAGUAUUGGUUUUUUUGUUUUGUUUUAUUAAACAAUUAGAUGCAAAACACAUUAUCAAGCUUGAGUUUACAAAAAUAGCAAGUUUGUCUGCCAAUAAGGUUUCUGUUCAAAAGUCAAGAUUUAUUAUAUUGAGAUGCUUGUAUAGAUUGGUGCAUUGUUUAUCCUUUUCCAAUAUGCUGCCCUCAGCCAACUAGUUCAUAGAGAUUUGUGGGAAUGUGCUACUUCAGUUUCUUGUAUUUGUUAACGCUAUUCAGAGACUUCAGUGUUCAGAAUGAUAUUUGGGGAGGAGGCCACAGUGUAUGAGACCAUAGGUUUCCUUCUUCCAAAGUUCCAUUCUAUUGAAGGUAUUUUUAAUUUUUUAAGCCCUCAGCGUUGCAGAGGACAACCUUUUUUACCUUAAUAUUCUUAAGCCAUCAGAAAAGGCAGAACUGGUAAAAUGCUUAAAUCCAUAUACUAAACCUCUUUCCAAGUCCAUUUUUAUUAUUUGAGGUUGGUCUACAUCAGUAAUGGAGAACCUGUGGCCCUCAAGAUCUUGCUGGACUGCAACAGGAUUCCUAUUGGCCAUGCUGGUUUGUUUGGGGCUGAUGGGAAUUGGGAGUCCAGCAACAUCUGAAUGGCCACAGGUUGCCCAUUGCCUGGUCUACAUCUAAUUGCAACCUAUCCCAACUAAACUUUGAUAGCAUCACCCACCUUUGGGAAAUGUUACAAUACAGUUAAAAUAUGCAAAUUUCCUUAGUGCUUUGGCCCCAGGUAUUCUGGUGCAGCUCUUAGUGAUAAUUUAAUUGGCCACUUUUCAUGGUUUUGGGCAAUCUAAAUCUAUUACUGGACAGAAUGUGCCGUAUCCAGUGUUAGUACUACUCGGUGUAGACCCAUUGAAAUUGAAGUACUUAAGUUAAUCAUAUCCAUUAAUUUCAAUGAAUAUACUGUGAGGAAAACCUAUGUUGGAUACAACCAAAUAACGUUGGUUUGGUUUUGUGUCUUAUUGUCCUUUCCAGAUGUAAUUCUCAAAUGUUUCAGAAACAAUAUAGCACAUUCCUUUUUAUAUAAUGUGCUUGCCCACUGUCUACUUGUAGUUGCUUGUAAGGAUGAUGUUAGCCGUUGCUUAUAAGGUUCACUUCUUAAAAGAAUACAUGAGUUAGCAUGAGCAGCAUUGGUAUUGAAGGUGAACGUGUGCCAGAAAUGAACAGAUUGUGAACAGCAAUUCUGUAAACAAUAUUGCUAUAUAGACUUGUCACUAAUGGUUAGAUGUGUUCACAAAUUGAAAUCAUUACCUUUAGUAUGUAUCUAUUCUCACUUCAGUCUCUUAACUUUUGUAUAUCCCAGUGUAAACAGAAACUUUAGCUCAGUCAGUAGAGCAUGAGACUCUGAAUCUCAGGGUCUUGUGUUUGAGCCCCACGUUGGGCAAAAUAUUCCUGCAUUGCAGGUGGUUGGACUAGAUGACCCUCAUGGUCCCUUUCAAUUCUGCAGUUCUGUGAAUAAUUCUGUGGAUCAUUCUAUAUGUAAACAUACUUUCCCCCUCAAAAGGUCAGGAAUAGUCCAGACACAACACAUGCAGAAGCAGAAGCAGAAGAAGCGGAGGUUGUGCCACCAGAUGUUACCAAAAAAGUGAGUUUGUAGAGCACUUUAAAAUGCCUCAUUACAUAUAGUAUUGUAUGAAACUUAAUGCAUUCCUUAAUUUUGCAGGAAUGGGUGUCAGGUUAGUGAAGUAAUUUGGUGCUGACUCACUGACUUGGAUCCAGAGUAGCCCUUUUGCAAAUGGAACUGUCUAUCCAUUGAGUUUUUCCCAUUCUUCCUGCAGAUUCCUGCAGACUUCUGUGCUAUCUCCAACCAAAUGAAGCAGGGUUUAUUGGGGGUGGGGGGGAAUUUGAGGAAAUUGUUCCUUUCUCCUCUCUCUCCCAACCCCCAGUGAGUGAAAGAUUGAAUUCUACUUUAGACAAUUAGAAAGUGGGAUGGAUCCCAUGAAGUUGCAUCCCUCUCAUACUUAAUUCCAUGUAUGUAAAAUAAGUGUAAUUACUGACGUCACAGAUGGGAUGAGGAGAUUUGUACAAUUGUGCAAUGUAUUUCUUUCCUACUAGGGAGAUCCAUUUAAUGAAGAAUCCCAUCAGCUCUCUGAUCAGGCUGAAGGCUCCAAUUUAGACUUCUUUGAGGCUGACCCCUUUGUUGGUAGUAAGUUAUCUUUCAUUCUGCUUGUAUUUAUUGUUUAUGACUGCUUUUGUGUUAUCUGUAAUUAUGUAAUUUUUUCAUGUUGUAUGUAGCAUGUUGAGCAUGAUUUUAACUAUGGAAAGGUGGCAUGCAAAUAAAAUGAUAUAUGUAUGUAGCCUAUUCAUUGAAAAAAGUGUUUAAUGUCAUUAAGCUGAAUUUCCAUUAGGUUAUGUGAACAUAGAUAGAUAGCAAUAGAUAUUCCCGCCCUCCUACACACACACACACACACACACACACACACACAGAGGCGUGGAGUGCUUAGCACUUUCUGGGAAUGUGAAGAAACGACAACAAAAAGUGAUUCUGAACCAUCAUGCCAAAAAACGGGUGAAUAACACCAAAGUCACAUUUCAGUCCGGUAUCCCAAAAUCAGUGUGGACCUCCACCUUGGGAUGAUAUCUUGAGAGGUGGCUAAACCUAUGCAAGAGAGGGUGAAGUCACACCAAAGUCAGAUUUCUGUCUGCCAUCUUGAUUCAAAAUGUUGUUUGGCAUCCAAAUGUCAAUUAAGAGUGCUGCCCCCUUCCCAGGAACCCUCAAGAGGCGUUACAUACAAGGGCAUAGAGAGAACAAAUAAACAAAUGGACACAUCAUUUCCUAAAAUAUAUACAGUAGUAGAUUAUGGUACAAAUUGAUAUUCUGUAAAGGCUUGGAUUUCAUUCUAAAAUGUUAGGUCAGUUCUGGUACUGUUCAGUUUAAAUCUGUCUGAGCAGUUUACAGCUAAAUACAAUAAAAUAUAGAAAUGAAACAAAAGAGACAAAUGAGAAUAAAAAUAAAAGAGCAAAGGAUAAGGGGAAAACUUCAGUGAAAAUUCUAAUUCAAAUGAAAGGUCUUGGGGGAGGUGGGGGAGGAAGGAACCCUACCUUGGGCAGGUUUUCCUUUUACCUCUGCUUUGUUUUCUCAACAUCACCUUUCCCCCUUGCUUUCUCCAGUUUUCAAAAUUGCAUGUGCAUUGUUGAUAGACUGUUGUGUUCAGGAAGUAAAAUAACUGGUAUGCAGAACCUUCUCUGUGGUUACCAUGCAGUGAUGUGUAUUUGGCUAUAAUAUUUCUUACUAAAUGAGGGAAAUAACAGCAGGAAAAUGGUUCUUUUAAAAUACUGAUGCUCUUGAAUUGCUGUUUUGACCAUCUUGUGGUUAGCAUUUGUGAGGUGAGUCUUGGCAGAUUGUGAGGGCCUAACCAUGUGUGUUGCAUACUAAUGCAUAUCAAAGUGCUCUAACUCUGGGGUGUGGGAGGGAGAGCAUAGCCAAGACCUUUUCAAGAACUGGCAAUUUAGAGCAGAGAAAUAGCAGGGACAGAAAUGUUUUAAUAGCCCAGUGCCUUUCCCAGGGUUUCAAUAAAAGUGUGUGUGUCCUUGCCACCCCAGGGAGCUGUCACAUGAAGGAGAGGAUCAAACCAGCCCCAUAGAUAUCAGUGCCACAAAAGUGAGCAGUCCUUUGUUCUUUUCAUGAUGCUUCUCCCUUUACCUCCUAAUAGGCAAGCUCAUCUCAUUUUGAAACUGUAUGAGAGCACUGAAGAAGAAAACAAGGUUGCACUUAGUUGUAGGAGCUGUUCAAGUGGUUCUGUGCAGGGAUGCUAUUCCUCCCAUGUCCUUUGAUGUCAAAGCUCAUAGCAUACAUACCUGAGAGCUUCUGCAACAGGUGAAGGAAAUGAAAGGAGGAUGAAGGGCAGAUAAAAAUUUUAGAUGAAUGGGAAUACAGGUUGAGCUCCUGCAAUAUCCCAUGAGUGGCCUGUGUUGUAUACAGCUGACCAGGGUAAAACUGCACAGAACCAUUUGACACUCCUUCACAGGUAAUUAGAGGUAUGUUUUUGCCCCUAAAGGUCUGUACAAGUGCUAGGGAAAAUAUUUACAUGUGAUGUUUCACUCUUUAAAAUAGGUGAUCCUUUCAAGGAUGACCCUUUUGGGAAGAUUGGUGAGUUACUCUUUUUUUUUUUUUUUUUAGUUCACAAGCAGGACAUUUGAGGAACUUGUUGGGGACUGUAAUUUUUUAUUUGGAGUAGAAAUGGAAGAACUGGAGCUCUAUAUGAGUUCAGCCUUAGCAGGUUUCCCAAACAAAUGUUACCUGUGAUGGAGAACUCAAUUACAUUAGGCAACACAAGGAUGCUCACUUUGCAGAGGAAGCUAUGGGAAAUGCUGAGCUUAUUAGAACAAGGAGUAACCCAACUUUGGGCACACAGAUCUCCUAACAUCAGAAAGUGCUUUGUCUAGGAAGUGCUUGAGGCUGAGACCCAACAUCUUCUACUAACUGGCAUGUGGUUAUGGCAUCCUAUUACUUGCCUAUUUGUGCCAUUUAAGGGAAGCAGAAGGGAGUUCUGUGAACAGAUUUUGGGAGGGGGAAAUUCAGGAAUCAUCCAGUCCAAGCUUACCAAGCAGCUAGAGAAUUCUAAAUGUUGCCAUGAAAUGUGUUUUCCUUCUCUUCUCCCAGUGCAUUGAAGGCAUCAUUGUAGAACAUUUUCUUCAGAACCUUUUCAUAAUGUUUACUCCCUUCUGCUUUUUGUUGAUUAAUGGUGUGGUCAUCUUUGCCAUCUUCAGAGAGGAUAAAGAUCAGUUGCUGGGAAUUGCAGGUGGGGAGAGGGUUGUUGUGCUCUGGUUCUGCUUACCAGCUGGUCUCUGUAAGAACAGGAUGCUGGACUAGAUGGGCUUUUGGCCUGAUCCAGGAAGGUGGGUUCUUGGUUUCUUACCUUCUCUGCUUUUAAAACUGCUGAACAGACACCCUCUGCCAAGCUGAUGUUCCUAAAGAAUGCUACCUCUCUCCUCCAUUCACCCUCAAAUUUUCCUAAUUAUUUUUUAACUCUUCUUCCUGCUUCAAGCUUUUAGAGGUUAGAAGGUAUUUAUACAAUGUGUUUCUUGUACAUGCAAGCAGCCCUAGCUUUUUAAUGUGUCAGCACUAACAACAAAUUUUAAUGUGUGAUUCAGGCAAUAAAUGAUAUUAGCCCAGCCAGAUGGGUGGGGUAUAAAUAAAUGAUGAUGAUGAUGAUGAUGAUGAUGAUGUAAGCAAUUAUGUGGUGCCAUGGACUGCAGAAGAGGUAGUUGAAGCAGUAGCUAAAGUUCCUGUUAGCAGGGUGAAUAUCCAAACAUGUCAUAGCAUAUGCUCAUGUAAGUGCAUACUCAGAGAAGGCAAGGACUGCUUACAUUGACAUUUUGUGUAAGCCAUAUUUAGGUGAACGCUUCAAGUGAGAGGAAGCAUAUAACAAGCUAGCCCCUAUACUGGGCCUUUGUGCAAAACAGAGCAUUGUAGUAGAUAGGCACUACUUAAAUGAGCAAGAUUACUGUGCACGUACUUCUAUAAGAGAAUGCAAAACAUUUUCAGCAAGUGAAUGCAAAACAUUACUUCAGUAAUAAAUCUUGACUUGGUUUUCUUUAAGAUCCUUUUGGUAGUGAUCCUUUCAAAGGUUCAGAUCCUUUUGCAGCUGACUCCUUUUUCAAGCAAUCAUCCACAGAUCCUUUUGGAAGUAUUGACCCCUUCAGUGCAACCAGCAACAGCAAUAAUUCCACGGUAAGUCUGGAAGAAGUACAUGUACAUCUAUUGGGGUAAUGAACUGAAGCACCACCAUAGUAUUUAAAUAGGGAAUGCUGCUAGUUUCUCUAACUCAAUGAACAUGUGUGUUUUAAAUGCAGUAGGCUGUUGGCAAUUGAUCUCUGCAGCUGUAUUGCCAUUCUUUUGUGACAUCUUGAAGUGAAGUGCUUCGCCCCCUAGAAUCCAGAAAUAUUAGAUCAUAAGAUAUUUGGAAAUGAAUAAAUAGAGAGGUGUUGUAACAGGAAAUGUUCAGAAUUACUGUUCCCAGUUCCCAUUUUUAAAUAAGGGUUUACUCAUUUGGUAGCUACUUUGAUCCAUGAAAGAAGUAACAUAAUAUAACCAGCACUUGACUGUGUAACAGUUCAGGUGAUUUCUGCAGAGUGCUUGUGUUUUUAAAAACUUUGCAUGGAUAGCAGCUGGGCUUUGGUUGACUUAGCCAUUUAUCUGAGGUUCUGUUGAGAUUUAAUAAGCAUCUCUGGAUCCUGGCAGCUUCAAACAAAACAUUUGUUUUAAUACUACUGAUUUGAAAGUAAUUUUCCAGAUAGUUUAAGUAACAAUGCCUGGAAGGAAUAUACUUUAAAAGGCACAAGGGCAGCUGAAGGUUCAAAUUUCAAUCUAAUGGGUGAUUGGUUUCUUAAAGAAAGAAAUCUCUGCCUUCAUGGGAGAUUGAUGCAAUUUUUGAGAGCAAAACUAAUAUUUUCUGUAUUCUUCAGCAAAUAAUUAAGGAUGACAUUAGUAUAGGAUUUUAUUUUAUUUUUAAAAAAUUAAAAUAUUGACCCUUUGGCAAAUAAUAGCUUAUCUAAUUAAGAAUCUUGAUGGUCUGAAGUAAACAGCUUUAAUGGAUUUUAACUUUUAGACAGAAACACUGAAGUAUAAUGAUCCUUUUGCUCCUGGUGGAAUUGCUGUUACUACAUCAAGUGAUACAGGUAAGGCUUGAAGUGGGUUUUCAAGCUGUGGCUUCUGGUGAUCAUGGCCUAUGGAUUAGCAUAAUAUCUGAACUGAACGUUUCUCCUCAUGGAAAAUUCUGGUCUUAGAUAGGAAUUAACAGACUGAAAAUGAAAGCAGAUAAACACCUUCAAGCUAUGACUUGUCUGUGUUUGGAAGCUCAAAUUCAUGAUUUGGGUUCUGAGCUAUGGUUAAUACAUAAUGAGCCUUGGUGUGAUGUCUGAAAGGCGCUUUUCAGGCACAUGGAAAGAACACAACUUAACACAACUGAAGUUGUACAAACCUGUACAAAAUCAUCCCACAACGCUUUUCUGUGGCUGCAGAUCUAGUGUUGUAACAGAGAUUGAGUUGACAAGAGAACCCAAAUGCAUUUCAGUUAGAUGCAUAAUGAAGAGAGCUUUGUAAAUAACCAUUUGUCUGCUUAGUUGAGCACAAAUAAGAUAACCAACUUAUGGGAAACAAUUGAAGUUGAUGCUUGACACUCAGUUCAAAUGACUGACAUAGAGGUAUAAACAGGAUGGCUGAUACUAUUUUUGUGGGCUAAAACUUAAUUUGCAAACCUGGAUAAAGAUGUACCCGUUUCUGGGAGCAAAAGGAGAUUGUGGCUGUCUCCCUCAUGCCCUGCCAGUGAGUUUGUAAAAGUAGAUAACACCUUUUGAUCUGAUUCAGUAAGGUAAUAUUUAUAUUCUUGGUUGUGACAAUGUACUAAUGCAUUGCUAAAUAUAUGGCACGCAAGUCAGAGGUUUAUUUCACUGAUAAUAGCCUGGCUUACCAUUCAGUUACCAAAACUGGGACACUGAAGAGUUAUGUAUAGUUUCUGUGAAAUAUAGAAAGUAAAAGAACCACCCUCCUUGAGACUUCAUUUCAAAUCAUGUUUAUAACACUUCCAUGAGAUCUGCAUGUCUUGUAAGAAUUCCGCAAAAUUAUUUUCUAACUAUUGCUCUUUAACAAGGUAUCCAGUACUGUAGAAAACAGGCAUGAUCCUUAUCAAAUCUCAUUGGUUUGAAUUUGAAUGUGAACUUUGAGUAAUAUUUAUGCCACCUUGUGAAUUUAUUUAUACUGAGUUCUUUUACCACCUUGUAGUUUAAAUUAUAGUAAUUUAUUAUUAUUAUUAUUAUUAUUAUUAUUUCUAUACCGCCCUUUAUCCAAAGAUCACAAGGUAGUUUAUAAUAUAAAACCACCAAAUACAUAACAUAAAUAAGAUUAUGGUGGUGAGGCUAUCAACCCUAACUGGGUGUUGCCCAUAACUGGUGUAAGAUCCAAAAGAUUCAAUGUAAAAUAGACUCAUCUCCUCUCUUGUCUAGCUUUUGUUAGUCAAUGAAUUAACUUUUCUUCUCUCUUGCUUAUUUUAGCUACAGAUCCCUUUGCCUCUCUGUUUGGAAAUGAAUCAUUUGGAAGCGGCUUUGCUGACUUCAGCACAUUGUCAAAGGUAAUUUGAAAUGAUUAAUGCCUGUGGAAAAAGCAUAAAAUUGCUGCAGUAACCAACACACUAGAGGCUCCUACAUACGACGAUACAAAACACAACUUUAGCAGAUGCUGAAUCUAAAUCAAGAGAUCAUGACUUCUCAGAUUGAUUCCCCAUUUUAAGCUACUGUGAGCCUCAUUAUUUCUGAGAUUACUUGCUUUGUGAACUGCCGUGAGCACAAUUCAGUUAAUGGAAAACUACACCUACUAUGACUAUAGGUGCUUGCAUCGUCUCAUUGACUACCUUACUUUCUUCUGCUUCCAUUCCAAGAUUUAUAUAUCCUUUUUAGAGUGUUUCUGAAGCUGCUGUAUUUGAAUUCUUCUCAACAGCAGGGUAGUCAAGCAAGCAAGCAAGUUAGCUUUCAAGAAAUGAAAAUUCCUCCAAUCGUAAUCAUAAUUGUAAUUUAUUAAUACCCUGCCCAUCUGACUGGGUUGCCCCAGCCACCCUUGGCAGCUUCUAACCAAAAUACAGGCAAAGCAACUAAACAACAACAACAUAAAACAUUAAAAGCUUCCUGAAACAGGGCUACCUUCAGAUUCCUGUGUCAUGUGGAAGUCACUCCACACACGUUGUUAUACAUGGAAUAGCUCUUACACAGUUCUGUUUUUCUUGUGGUGAUCACGCUGCUUGUGCAGCAAAUCCAGCCUCAUCUUUAACUGCUGUGAAAUUAUAUAAGAGCAACAGAGCAUGUAUGUGACUAGUUCUGACUAUUGCUGCUUGUAUACAAGACCACAAAAGUUACUAGCCUGCAAAAGCAUUUAGUAGCUGUGAUGGCUUGUGUAUGCUCUUCACAAUAAACACCCUCUGCUCACUCAGAGAGAUAUUUACAGUUCUUUAUUUUACAUAUGUACAAGCAGCACAUUACAAUCAUGCCUCCGAAUCAACUGGUUCAGAUUUGGGGAGUGGUCUUCUCCGGCUUCUCCUCCAACAGAAAACGCGGGGAAGUUUCAUGGGACGUCUCUGAUCCCUGCGCUUUAACCCUCUCCUUUCCUGUGCAGACGGCACAGGAACAGGCUCUCCGUCUGUUCCUGAACUUCCUGUGCGGUGCUGGGACUGUGCUUCAGCAUCGGAGAGCCUUCCCACCUCCUGGCUCUCUCCCUCUUCCCCUUCCGUCACUUCCUCUCUGUUUCCCUCUGACUCUUUUCCUCCCCCCCCCACCUCAAAGGCGUUCCUUGGCAGUAGCCUGCUGUGUUCUCUGCUUGGCACAAAUGAAAGUCCAUUUUUUUGGUCCUGCCAUUACUCUCCAUGGCACAGGAAUAUAAUUUAAAAGUAUGAACAUCUGCAGACAUCUGCAGUUUGCCAGUGCAUGAACUCCUUUUUUUGUGGCACUUGAAUAAGCACUGUUUUAUGUUAGAAAACGAAAAUGAUAGCCAUGUCCUCCCCGCAAGCUAUGUUGUUAAGCAAAACAGUAGCUUUUCCUGUUUUUGUUGCUGUCUGUUUGUUUUUUAGGCAAAUAAUGAAGAUCCAUUUAGUUCAUCUACAACAGGCUCUGUCAACAAUGUGGUCAUAACUAAAAAUGUGUUUGAGGAACCUCCAGCCAAAAAUGAAGAUGUACCUCCUGCUUUGCCUCCUAAAACUGGAACACCUACUAGACCUUGUCCUCCCCCACCUGGUAAGAACCAGUACUAAGUGUUUGUGUGCUACUCUUUGGUUUAAAGAUGUCUUUAUGGCUGUAAGAGAGCAAAGAGCUUCUAAUUUAGUAACCCACUAAUUCCUAUACUACUUCUAUUUCUUACAUAAUUUUAAGUUGUCCUUCUUAAUUUAGGUAAUCUUUACUUAGAUACAUGUUGGGAGCCAUAAAUUUGUAAGAGAGGCUGUAACUUUUAAAUUGCUGUGACAGUGCUACUGUAGAAGCUGGUUGCUGAGUAGUUUAUUGAAUUUGAUAAAGCAAGCUCGUUUAAACCAGUUUUAAAAUAGAUUAAAUUAAGCAUAUAUUUUUUUAAUUUGAAUGAAAGAACUGGCUCUUACCCACACUGAACCACUUACAAAAUGGAGAAAAAAAUUGGGAAGAAUGUACAUACAAACAAACCCUGAAAAACGUGAAAGGUUUUAGAAAUCAGAUUAAUUUAUGACUACCAGCACUAAGGAUUUUUUGUGGGGGUUUUUGGCUAUAUGAUGAGAUGGUGUAACCUAAAACACUAUUGUACACUGGAUAAAUAUUUCUGCCACACUCAUAAUCAUGCUAAAGUGAUUAUUUUGAUGUAGGAAAAAGGCCUAUCAACAAAUUGGAGUCUUCGGAUUCCUUUAAACUGAAUGAUCCCUUCCAGCCCUUCCCAGGCUGUGAUGGUUCCAAAGAACAGGAAGCUGACCCAUUUGCUCCCACUGGUGUGUGCAAAGAGAUGGACACCAGCAAUUUUGCUAAUUUCAGUGCUGUAAGUAAACAGGAUGGGGAGGCAUCAAGCUAACUCUAAUGACUUAUUUUUGUGAAGAACAAUGAACAUUUCCAGACUUAAAUUGAGUGAAAUGGGUUUCAUACCGCAAUGCAACGAUGUAGCACAUAUUAAUGUUAGUAGUGCCUCUCUAAAAAAAGGGUACAUUACCACUUCCUUCUGGGACAAAUGCAGCCAGUUGCAGCAGAUUCUUAGUUGCACAUUUAUGUAUUAUUUAGCUUCACAUGAAUAAUUGUUACCUUUCCCAGUCUUCGUACAAAGCUGUAAGUACACAUUGUGCCUCAGGGUUUAAUGUCUGUACAGUAUAUCAAACUGCAGUGCAUCAUUUAUCUUCAAAGCAUAUGUUAAGGUCACAGUUAGGCAGUUAGAAAAUAAGCAGCACAACCUUUACAUUGUACUUGUAGCUACCAUUUGAAGGCUUAAUCCCCUGCAAGAUUCAUAAAUACAAAUUGAUAGUGUGACAAGGAAAUCUUGUCCCUGAGCUCCUUUUUUGGCAACCAGCCAUACAGCUAGGCCCUGCCUGCUGCCUCCGCUGUAAGAUUAGUCUGGGGGAAGGGCACAGGCCCAGGGACAACUGAUGCAGCAGCAGGCUUUGUAGACAAGGCAUCUUAAAGGCCGAAACAAUAGGGGAGGGUGGUAAGGAUUUGUUCAGGAGACAGACUCAAGGGAAUGAACAGCCCUAGCCAUAAACUAUUAUAAAAAGGGAAACUACCAAAAGUAAACAUCCUCGUUGUAUAGAACACUUCAAGAUAAGGCACAGAUCUGUCAACUUGGCAUGCCACCCGUCCACUGUUAGUGCUGAGUGAUCUGUAAAUGAGCGAACAAGUACAAUGCACAUGAAAGAGAGAUGUUAUUUUCCAAGGAGCGCAGAAUUAAAUUUCAAGUACUUGAAGGUAGGAAGCAUGGAGCAAUCAGUCAAUCAAUUAACACUAUAAAGGAUUUCUGGGUCAAGUUAGUGAGAACAUGUAUUUAUGUCAGUUUUUAUCCUGCCUUCCUACAACUUUGCGCCCAAGGAGGAAUGACAAAACAAAAUACAGCAAAAUAAAACUUAUCAAAAAAAAAUUAUAAAGCAAGCUGUUAAAGGCAUAAAUAGAUGAAGCUAUCUGCCACCAGCAGCAGAGCACACACAGCAGCCUGAAGGUCUUGUCUUAACAUCUUCAUCGGCUAGCAGAAGGUCAUUAGACUGGAGGCUAAACAGGCUUCUUUAAGAAGGGAGUUCAUCAGCCAUUGAAAAGACCAUUUCUUGCAUUCCCAGCAAACCUGAUGUUGACUGGAUGCAGAAAGGGAUGCUCUCAGAAAUAUUACUAGCCAGGCAGACUUAUAUUGGAGGAGGUGGUCCUUCAAUCAGCCAGGUCUUUAAAAGUCAUAACUAGCAUACUGAAUUCUCCCUGGAAACCAAUAUUCCCAGUAACUGGCUCCUAGUCAAUAGCCUGGCUGCAUCAUCCUAGAACACCUGCAGCAGUUACAUUUCAAAGACUGCUUCCUAUAGAACACAUGACAGUAAUCUAAUCAAGAUGUAACUAAGACAUGUGUCAAGAUGGCCAAAUCAGAUGCUUUAAGGAAUGAGUGCAGCUGGCACACCAGCCUCAGCUAUGUAAAAUUUAUUUCUUUCUUUCAUAUCCCACUUUGCCUCAAAUGAUCUCAAGGUGGUGUACAUAGCUCUCUUCUUCCCCAUUUUAUUGUCACAACAAUCCCAUGAGGUAGGUUAGGCUGAGAGUAAGUGACUGGCCCAAGGUUAUCCAGUGAGCUUCAUGGCUGAGUGAGGAUUUGAACCCUGAGUGAGGAUUUGAUCCUAAGUCUGACACUCCCAACCACUACAUCACACUGGCGCUCUGUGCCAGCACCUGAAAAAAUGAACUGUGUCGUAUGUUACCAUAACAUUUUCCUUAGUAAACGGAAUCAUCUUUAUAUCUUACUACUCUGUUAAUCAGUGGGUCAUAGCGGUGGUGGACUUGGGAUUUCUUAACUUGCUUUAUUGCAUGACGGUCACUGGGAUGUAAACCUUUGGGGAGGAACAGUAACGUGGUGCUCUUGAUUAUUUUGAAGGCCUUUCUUUAAUUAAAUCUGUGUACUUGGAUUGUUGGGUGGUUUUAAAUAAGCAUUAUAUAUAUAUAUAAUAUAAUCCUUCUCUUUAAUUAACAGUUUAAAGUAACUGCUAAAGAUCUGAUAGUCCAAACUCUUACAGUGGGCUUACAUCUUUGCAAGCUAAAUCAAAUGCACACUUUCAAUUUUCUUUGAGUGUUUGGGGCAAAUGAAAAUAUUAUUUUUCUCCUCUUAAUUAAACAAUUGAAACAAUGAACUAGAUAAAUCAUAGAUGCUGACCAAACACCCAUUUAAAUUCUAAGUGAUGAUAAUAAUUUAAACCAACUGGGGACAGAAUCUUCUUUAAACACUUGAUUUUUACCUCCUCAGUUAACAAAUCCAUGGUUUCUCUAUUUUAGUAUCCUACUGAAGAAGAUAUGAUUGAAUGGGCAAAGAGGGAAAGUGAGAGAGAGGAGAAAGAGCGUCUUGCAAGGUUGAAACAACAAGAACAAGAAGAUUUAGAACUAGCUAUUGCACUCAGUAAAUCUGAAAUAUCAGAAGCAUGAAGAAUUGCCACAACCAUUUGUCCCUUGCCCUGUAUGUGUAUAGCUAAUCAGAAGCUGCUUAUGCACAGGGAAGUACAAAAGGCUUUAAAUUCCUGCAAAUGUGAUUUUUGAGCAAUGUAAUGUCUUAUUUGUAAUUUUUUUCAUAUUCACUUAACUCAUCUGGCUACUCUUUUUUAAUAAAGCGAAGUUCCAUUUGUACUUACCUUGAUAUCUUCUUGUGUACUAUAUAAACCAUUACACCAAAGUAAGUUCUUAUAAUGCAAGAAAGACAAAUCUGUAUUAAGGCACAGCAAUGCAUUUUUGAAAGAUCUCAGAAGGCAAUUCUGACUCCAACCAAGUUCCCCUUUGAUACAUGCCUUACGCAGUGUUGAAGAUCUAGAAUGUGCAGGUGUGUCUAACAACAUAAAAUGAGUGAGUGCAUUGUAUUGCCUUUAAACAAAUGGAUAGGUCAUGUGUUACUGAUAUUUCCCUUAAAAAUAUUAGAUGGCUUGUUUUAAGUCUUGAUUAGCUUUCUUUUCGAAAGGGCCAAAUUUUGCCAAUUACUAUAAUACUGAAUUAUUUAGGUCUCCCAGGUGGCCCAGUUAGCAAAGUACAUUUUCACCAAAUCUGGCCAUGUAGCCAACCAAACUGUAGUUUAUGGCAAAUCUUCAUGUACUUAAAAAUUGCUGAUAAUCCUGCUUCUUUCUUGCUAAAAUGUUCAGAUCUGGUUAUCACAGGUAUUAGAAAUCUAUUGUAUAUUUUAGAGAUGAUGAUAAUUGAGGUUAGGCCUAUGGAGUGCCUUUAUGUCUGUGGGCUUCCUUUUAAUGAAGGCUCUUCUUUUGGGGUGGAUAUCUAACAGAAAAUCUAGAUUCCAGAUGCAACUAGUGUUAUCUGAAACUUUUAACUGCCAUUUUGCCUACUAUCAGGUUUUUUAAAAUGACCUUUUAGGAUUGUUCCAAGGAGAUUUCUAAGAUUACACUGUUUGGCCAAGUUCACUGUUAAGAACUUUGAUGCCCCACUGCUAAUUGAGCCAAUUUCUUAUGUGAAAUAUGCAACUUAAAUUGGCAAGUUGACAGCAGAAUUUGAAAUAGGGUAGGAAGUAGACUACAUAAAGAUAUAGUUUACAACAGUCGGUUGCUGUUGUGUAUAAUUUAUUGAAUGCCAACUGAUAGUUGCACCUUAAAAAUAAAUUUCCUUUUAUAGUAACGAAGUCAAAAUUGAAUGUUAAUGAAAGUAAGUUAUUAUCUAAUAUGUUCUGUUCUGCAGGAUGUUAAACUCAUUCCAAAUGACUCGUUUCACUUCCAUCUUCAAUACAUGAAUAGUUAGGCUGCAGCCACACAAAACUGGUGGUUCUGCUUCCCCCCCUCCCAAAACACUGUGGUAUUUGUGCCUCAAAUUAAGAGUUUUAAAAUGAUUUUUCUUCUGCUGCAAGGAGUUGCAUAGUUACCACUAUCAGGAUGAAACUUUUCCAGUUACCUGUGGAUGCUGCUGCAAGAGACUUUUUAGGAAGGUAGUUUUUGCUCAAUUUUCCUAUAAAUUGAGAUCAGUUAUGAGAAACUUUUGCACUAGGAAAUGAGCAUUUUAAAACACCUGCUCAAAAAAGUAACCUAGCAAAACCUCUUGCAAGUAUUAAUGUUCAUAAUUUAUCUACCCAAAUUUUGUAUUAACAUUAAUCGUGCAUAUUGUAUGUUUAACUGGACUACAUAGAUUUUUCCUUUUUUGUUAAAUGUAUACUUUGUGGACCAAUACAAUAUCUGUGUGUAUAUAUUAUACAUAUAAAUAUAUAUAUAUUCAAGCUUUCUUGUAUAGGAUUUAAAGUUCUGAGUCACUUGAUGUUACAUUUCAUGUUACUGACUGAUCACAGAACCUUUACUCGAAGGCUUCUAAAUAAACCACUGCUGUGUCAGCUUAAAUGGCAUUACUGUUAAAGUUUUAAAAGGCUUUUAAUAACUUGUUCAGGUGGGGUUAGCCUCUAUUUAUAGACCUUUGUUUAAAAAUUCUAAAAUAGCUUGUAAUUAUGAAUAAAACAGUUUAAGUAUAUU